AUGGCGGGCGUUGCCCCUUUAAGGCCUCGUCGGUUCAGUGCAGGGAGCGCCGGCGGUGAGCAGGAGGAGGCGGCGGCCGGGCUUCCCGGGUCCGGGCAGCGGGGAGGUGAGGAGCAGCAGCAGCCACGCAGAGCCGGCGGCGCGAUGGUGGAGAAACGCGUGUCCCGCUGGUACUUCGGAGGCCUGGCCUCGUGCGGGGCAGCCUGCUGCACCCACCCGCUAGACCUGCUCAAGGUGCGUCUUGCGUUGGAGGGGGGAGAAACCCGCCAGGAAAGAAGACGGGGCACCCCCUUCCCCGGCGACGGAUGGGGGGACCUGGCCCCUAAAAUCCCUCUCCGGCCCUCUGCAUCCCGUCUUCCCCCUGGGCUCCCCUGCGCUGAUCUCUGCUGGCCCCAUCCCUGCUAUUUGUCUCUCGCCGCCCCCUCCGCUUCAAUAUUGCCGCGUGUUUCCUUUGCAGCUUGGGAAUUCCUUGCGCCGCUUCCUUUCCCCGCUUGGCUGCAAGCAAAGGUGGCUCAACAGGAAAGUGCUCCAAGGAGAGGUUCUUCACCUCUAACCUACCAUUUACGUCUAAGGCAGCGCGAGCGACGGCAAGGCGAGGAGACACUUCCUUAGCCCACCCCCACUCUGGGUUGGAGACUCUAGGGGGUUGACAGUGGCGUGGCAUUUCCCUUUUCUCCUCUCCCCCCCCCUUACAAUGAUUUCUAUCUGCCAUUUUGGCUCCGUUGAUAACUAGGAAGUUGGAACUGCCUGGGCACCUCCACCACCACCGUGGUGCACAGAUGUACCCCGUUUCCCAGGCAAGAGACGUGGCCUGCGGUUGGUAUUCUGGCCCUGGCUGGCACCCCUUGGUGUCUCGUUUCCUGGGCACAGCAGACUGGCAUCUGCUGCCGCUGUGUGCCCUGUAGUGGCUCCCUCUGGCCAGACGGCGUUGGCUGCCUUCCAGGAAGCAGUGCCUAAGGCGCUAACUGAAGGCAACAGUCUUGAGUCUGUUCAGAUUGAUUGAUUGAUUGAUUGAUUAAAUUUGUAUUCAGCUGAAGAUCACAGGGCAAGUUCGAAACAUAAAAAUACAAAAACGAGAACAGACACCUCCCCCUCAUUUCCAGUUCAUUCUAUGUAAGGUAAAGGUAAAGGACCCCUGGACAGUUAACUCCAUUAUGUGUAGUAUAAUUUGACCAGCUAGCAUUCUCCACUACCAAUUAGAGAGCACAGAUCAAGGCAUAAUUAUCAUCACAGUAGUUUGGCCCCUGCUCUGUUAAAUAUUACUGUACUGUACUUGUAAAACAGGUAUAGCCUGUCUAGUUUCUAGCUUCUACUGUGUGUAAAGUGAUAUAGAAUUUGCGCAGCAUUUUCUUGGUUUGAGAGACUGAGGCCUAAUUGUGUUGGUUUGGAAGUGAGGACUUCCAAGAUAACAGCUUGAAUUCAGUGGCAGUAUCUCCUGGUAUGAAUGGAGGCCUGCAAAAAACAAAGAGGCCCCAUUCAGCCACGAUUCUGCACUUCUGGCAUUGUGCAGACCCCUCACAAGUGGCCAGAUACCGUAGUUUCUGCCCUGAAAGGCAAGCGCACAGAGGGAAUGUGGCAUGUCCAAGGUCAGUGGGGCCAUUAAGACUUUCUCUUAAUGAUCUCUGGCAUGCAGCCCUGAUCAGCAGAUGCAGUGUUUUCCCGUACUCUGUUGAAUGGGUACAGAUAAAUUAUUUUCUUUUGCCUUGUAAUCUUUAUUGCUGUUAUUUCUCAGUUAGUCGUCAUAGUGGGCGUUCUUAAGUUUUUUUGUUUUCUGUUUUAAAAACAGAAUCCAAGGUUCCUCAAAUGUACGCGAAACACAUUCGUCCUUGACAUGGGGCAAGCCAAUCAGAAAGGAAGAAAGAGGGAGGCCAAAACAUGGGGAAGAAUUCAAAUGUCGCACUAAAACAAACAUUCUGGCAAGGCAAGCAUUUCUGUUUGCUCAAGGGAACAGUCCUCCCUUUCCUCCCCCAUGUGGUGUUCUAAGGGUUCUCCUGAUUCCUCCCUACAAGCCAAUUUGGGGAACGUGGGGUGAGGAGAGGGGAGAAAGCCCCAUUGCACUAGUAGCAGUCCUCGUGUGGGCUUCUUCGAGCUGUGCCAGUUAGUCACAUCUGUCCUAUAAUCCAGGAAGAGACCAGUGUCAACAGGCCUCUCCUGGCUGCUCUCUAGAUCUCCACACAGAAGCCUGCUUGGGAUUUUAAUGAUAACUUUUCUAAGCCCUUUUAUUACCCAACUGUCCCGCCUUUCUUUUGUGUGUACCUAGACGAGAUCGGCCAACUGCCUUUCUCUGUCUACUCUAGGGCCUAUUUCUCAGGGGUAAUCUGUCAGUGGCCACAACAUUGGUGAUAAGUGAGGCUACAUCCUGUUUCCACCUUCCUUUCUGCCUGGCCCGGCCCUUGCCCCUUUCCCCAUCUCUUUGUCACCUGCAUGAACUUAGGCCAAAAGUUGCAUGCAUUCUAAAAGUGGUCUCUGAGGCGUUGCUCAUCAUGGCAGCAAGGUGUCCCCAGCUUUGGUCCUUACUCUUCAAAGUCAAAUGUCAAAGACUGCAUACACAACAUACAUCUGAAACACACUCACACACCUUAGAGAAUCCUGGGAACCCUAGUUUACUCCCUCGCAGACCUACAGUUCUCAGCACCCUUAUCAAACUGCAAUUCCCAGGAUUCUGUGGGGGUGGGAAUGUAUGGUGUGUACAUGGCCCAAGUCUGCCCCACAGGCUGCUUUAAAGCUGACAGAAAGGGGAUGGACUUGUCAAACUCAAUAAACUUGAAAGAUAGCUUUCUUAGGAGGGGAGUUUGUGGGGCUACGAAGUUUUUCUGCCCAGCCACUGACAAGUUACCAGGCAAGGCCUGUUCUGAGAUUCUCACCCACUUCACCCGCCUCUCCCUGAGCAUUCUGCAUACUUAGCCCUGGUCCCUAAUGGGGUGGGAACAUUCUUUUCCCUUGUUAUGGUCUGGCAGGGGCACACUAAUGCCAGCAUGAAGCUGCUAACCCUGGAGAUUCCUGCAGAUUUGAGCCUCCAUCGUUUGCUUUCCCUGUGUCACUGCUGGGCCUGCCAGCUGCUUGAUGAGCACAUUCCAGCUUCAUCCUUCACAAUGGGAUCUUUGAGCUGCCACUGGCUGCCUGGGAACACUGCCCAUCUGAGUUGCUGUCCACCGCUUCACUGCCCUCUCCUGGCUACUGGUACUUCUGCAGCCUCAGCUGAUGUGUGUUUCCACCGGGGGCUGCUUCAGUCCACUUGCUUCUUAAAAGGGUGGGUCUUACCAAAAAUGGCGAAGCUGUGGGUCUUGUUGUUGUUGAACUCUAACCCCUGCUCCUAGAAGGCUCUUGGAUUGAUUGAUUGAUUGAUUGAUUGAUUGCUUCUAUUUAUUUAAAUUAAAUUUAUUUAAAUUUAUAUAUUUAUAUAAAAUAUAUUUUAUUUUAUUUAUUGCUUUUCUCCCAAAAACUCAAGUACAUGGUUUCCCUGCUCAUUUAAUCCCUAGGACAACCCUAUGAGGUAGUGCCUGGCUCUGCGGCCAAGUGAGGAUUUGAACCCUGGUCUCCCAGCUGCUAAUCCGACACGCUAACCAAUAUAGAAUCACUGUAGAGUUGGAAGGGACCACAAGAGUCACUUCGUCCAAUCCCUUGCAAUGCAGGGAUAUUUCGCCCAAUGUGGGGCUAGAACCCACAACCCGGAGAUUUAAGAGUCUCAUGCUCUACCAACUAAGCUAUCCCCAGCUGCCUAUAAAACAUUGGUACAUUUGCAUUCAAGAACCUCCAGUCAGAUAAUUGCUUGGACUCCUUGUUCCUUACAGUAAUAUCAUGCAGGAUGGGAGAAGGCCAGUGUCGAGAAGUGCAAGUGUUUUGUACUAUUUCAUUUCUGGGUCCAGUUCAGAACUUGUGUAGGCUACAUUCUCUUGUUGCUUGAAUUGACCUCUCCCCUUCUUCAGGAUAAGGGCUGGUUGGCCAAUGGCCCUGCCAAGGUUUUUUUGAUUUUUAUCAACGUGGCAGCCUUUCACCUAAAUUCUCUCCAAGUUGGCUGUACAGUACUAUAAACACGAGCUGCUCCACUGCGAGGUCAGGGUGCUUGCAGGUGGGAUGGUAAUCUGGGAAACCAAUGUUGACCUGCAUUUCUAAACUACAGAAGCAGAUGGGUCAGCAAUCGUAUGUGGAUGCAGGCACCAGACUGUCCAGUGAAGCCCCUUGCCAUGGCUGGAACAAGUGCCUUGCGGCUGUGAUUGCAAAACCCUCCAAAAUUAAUAGCACCCAUUAGGUUAUGGGGUGAAGAAUGCAGGAAUCUUCUUACAGCUCACUGGGGGGAAUAAUAUCUGGGAGAAAUUGGGGGAGGUAGCUGGGAGGUAAGACUUGUAUUUCUGGAAGGAGUAGGUUUUGUUGGGCAAGCCACAUGUCCCGAUGGAGGGGAAAGGGUUUUGUAAAAUCAAGGAAACCAGAAGUUAGGAAUCCUUUUCCACAUUUUAUGGGGGAGAGUGGAGCAGGAUAGCAAAAUAUAAAUUCUUAUGCAAAGGGAUUGUCUCUAGGGGGGAAAAAUCAGUCAUAGCUUUAAAAAUAGAAAGAAUCUCUCCUUAAGCUCUGGUGGGCAGUAUUCUUGGAGUAAAAGAUUCAAAGUGGAUGUUUACAAUGAAUUCCUGAGAUCUUGUUGACGUGGAGUUGCAGUUUCAUUUGUUUGCUCUAUCAGAGGUGCAUGGGCCGUGGCUGCUUAAUCUUUUCCUUGCCCUGGCCCCCCUGGAAUAUCCCUUGGAGAACGAAGAGCCUGGCAAAUCCAGCCUGACCUGUUUGCUACCUGCUUUUCUUGCCUCUAGGUCCACCUGCAAACCCAGCAGGAAGUGAAGAUGCGCAUGACGGGCAUGGCCUUGCGUGUGAUUCGCAACGAUGGCUUUCUGGCCCUCUACAGUGGGCUUAGUGCCUCCCUCUGCCGGCAGGUGAGUUGUUGGGCCGCUGCAACAAUUGCUUUACCCUGGUCUGUUCAGUCCUGCUCCUUUUGUCUGGCUCCCCAUGCCAGCCUUUUGGUUCCGUCACGCUACCCGUGAGAGUUCUGCAGCUUCUUCCAGCACCCUUCAAAGCGUAUUCCACAGAUUUAACACUGAGACUGUGUUUGGCUUCACGGACAGAGCUUUGUAAAUUAGGUUGACUUGCAGUCUCUGAAACUGAGAGGCCAUUUGUUAACGGCAAAAAUCCCGCAGAAUAUUGUCAAUAGAAUAUAAGGAUCCAGUAGCCUCUGCCAUCUGAGACUGUCAAGCAGGUUUUUAGACUAGGAAUUUCUGAAAAGAGGCAUGUGCUUCUAAGCUAUGUCCUCCCCAAGACUUUGAUGAGUCAGGCAUCUUGUGCAGAUGAGGAGAAGCUGAGAGAAGCGACAGCUUCUUGAGUUGUAUCCUUCUUCCCUUUUAAUAUCUUGUUUAUUUAGCAGUGCACUGACCGUCACAAUGGCUCCCUCCACUCCUGGCACACUGGCACAUGACUCUGCAAGGGAAUUCUCAAUCCUUGCAAACGGCUCUGUAAUAAGGUUACAUUGAUUUCUGCAGUCACCAUAAGCCCUGCUUGAAUAUCAUUCUGCUUGCAGAAUCUAUGAUUCCUGAAUAGUUGGGUGUUAGGGUUGGCCUCUGCUACGGCAAGCAGGGUUUGGGGAAGAAGAGAGCUUCAUUUGGGGUCGCACCUCUUGCAUAUAUACCGGGUGGUGCCUGUUGAUUGGCGAAAAGGACACUGCUGCCAUGGCUCUUAAGGGCACAAGCGCCAUAAUGCAAAGGCUGUGGUCAUGCCAGCGCAGGGGCUGCACCAUUGCCAAGCUGAUGCCAUGGCUGAACGGUGAUUCUGAUGAGCGAUUGCCCUGUGCUGGGCAGGACCAGGGCCUGAGAGCUGCUGCCAACCUGCUCUGACUCUUUCUGCUUCUCCAGAUGACGUACUCCCUCACCCGCUUUGCCAUCUAUGAGACUGUACGGGACCACUUGAGCCAGGGUGCCCAGGGGCCAAUGCCCUUCUACCAGAAGGUGCUGCUAGGUGCAGUAGGAGGUGAGCUGGGGCUUGGCAAGCGCAGGAUGUCGGGCCACGCCAGUGCAGGCUGCACAGCCCCCUUUCACCUGCUGUUCUCUGGUUGCAGGUUUCACCGGUGGGUUCGUGGGGACCCCAGCGGACAUGGUGAAUGUCAGGUCAGUGGUCUCCUUCCCCUUUCCCUAUGGCUGUGCUUCAACCUUGCCCAGUUCAGCUCCCCGUGACCUGUUCACUUGACUCUUUACACCCCUACUGAACUCGGGGACAUUCCAUGGGGCUGGAUAAGCCCACACAAGGACUUUCGCCAGUUCAGUGGUGUUUUCCCUCUUCGUGCCCCCUUAAAUUGGCUCGGGUGGGCAGGGGGGUUUGGAGAGUCCCUGCAGCAGCAUGUGGGGAGAGGAGAGGGCUGAUCAUUUCACCAUCAGAAAUGCUUCUGCUGACAGAGAAAUCUGCUUAGUGCUAGCUGGAUAGCUCAGUGGGUUAGAGCAUGGUGCUGAAAAUGCCAAGGCUGCAGGUUUGAUCCCAGCUGCAUAUUCCUGUAUUGCAGGGGGCUGCAUUAGAUUAUCCAUGGGGUUCCUUCCAACUCGAUAAUGAUGAUGAUGUACUAUUUAUACCCCUCCCAUCUGGCUGGGUUCACCAAGCGACUCUGGGUGGCUCCCAACAGAAUAUUAAAAACACCAAACAUUAAAAUCUUCCCUUCAGAUGUCUUCUAAAAGUCAGAUAGUUGGUUAUUUCCUUGACAUCUGAUGGGAGGGCAUUCCACAGGGCGGGCGCCACUACCAAGAAAGCCCUCUGCCUGGUUCCCUGUAACCUCACUUCUCGCAGGGAGGGAACCGCCAAAAGGCCCUCGGCGCUGGAUCUCAGUGUCUGGGCUGAACGAUGGGGUGGAGAUGCUCCUUCAGGUAUAUGAUCACAAAAUUCUGAACAGCUACACAGAAUUUAGCCCAUUGUCUCUGUGGUUCGCCUUCUCUGGGGCAAACUCAGCAUCCUAUGGUGGCGGGGGUGGGUGGGUGUGAUUUGGGAAAGGCUUUUGUCUCCCUGCCCUCAUGAAAGUGUCCUUAACGCUGUGAUGCUCUUCCCUCCACAGGAUGCAGAAUGACAUGAAGCAGCCGGUGCAUCUGCGGCGCAAGUGAGUGUCCAGAUUGCAGAGGGGGGUUGUACAGGAGAUGCACAAGUGCGGGAGAGGCAAAUAAUAGCAUUAAGGAGGCGGACCCUGUGAAAGCCUUUAUCCCUCCGUAAAGGGUUGUAUUGAAGCUGCAUGGCCACAGAGGGGCAGCAUGGAUCCUCAAAUUCCAAUUGUUUGAAGCUCAAAGACACCUUUCUGAAUCAGGACAGCACCCCCUGGCGACCAAAGCCCAGGGUUCUAUAAGUCCCUACUAGAUCUGGAAGAGUCUAUAGUUGCAGCCUUCUGUCUGGUGUGGCCAGCAGAAGUAGCAGCUGCAGCAAGAUGGGUUUAGGUGUCUAAUAUGGUCUCUCUUUGCUUUCUAGCUACUCACAUGCUCUGGAUGGGUUGUAUCGGGUGCUUCGUGAAGGUAAGGAUUUGGUCAGCGCGCAGUGUGGCUAGUUUGAGCUUCUGAGAGGCCACAGGGAGCUCACCCUGAAUGAAAGAAAUUGGUCCUUGGGGAGAAUCUGCUGCAGCCUCUGCCCCCUUUUCUAUACGGAAGUGGGAGCUGUUAGGUUACAGGCCAGUCCCGGUGCCAGGAAGCUGGCAAAACCAGUGCCAGGAGAAGGGGCAACAGCAUCCAAGGCAAACUACCUGGAAGUAAAGCUGGUGGCAGGAUGAGAGCCUGCGAAAGUUGCAGGUACAGCCUUUGUUUAGUGGCUCUUUGGGAUCAGUGAUGGGAGCCACUUGCAAGCUCCUCUUGAGUCUGGCAGCCGCUGAACGUUUGGAAGGGAGAGGGGUGAGUAAGCUGAUGGGAAGUGCAGGGGAAUAUGGUGACCUGGAGUUCACACGGGUAGAAUUCAGAGUUGACCACAUACUUGGCUUCUAGAGCGUCACAGAGAACAAGCAUAUGGGGCCCAGGGAAAAGGGGGAGAGGAGACUAAAAGGGUUGUCCCUUUGUGUGUGUUAGAGGGGGGCAAUGGGGGGAGAGGGAGAUUGGCAAGUGGAGAAAAUAAGACCCACCCCUCCUGCCUUUAAAGUCCAGUGGAAGGAUGAGGAAUGGUAGCUUCCUGCUCCAUGUUGCUCUGGAAAUUGAGGAGAAAAGGCAAGGAGCAGAGUCUACAAGUCCUGCAGCCUUCACUGGUUCAGAUCCACUGUGGCUUGCCCCUAGGCAAGUGUGCAUAGAUUGGCAGCUGGACUGGGUUUCAAAAAGUGAAACUGUGCAAGAGCAGAGAGACCCAGUCUGAGCGACUGCCCCUGUCCUCUGUCCCUGAUUAGUUUCAGCAGUGUUCUCUCUUCCACAGGCAUCUAAUAGGAGAUCUUAUCUUCUCUGAUGCUUUGAUUUCUAACCACAGAUUUAUAUUUUAAUCUUCCAACCACAGAUAUUUUAUUGUGAUGGGGUAUCAGUAUCUCUGCCCUAUCAAGGCUUCUGAUCGUCUGGCUUUGGCUAAAUGAGGAACUAUUUCAUAACCUUUUAAAACCAGCCUGUGCUAGAAUACAGUGAAGUCUUUUAUAGAUUGGCUCUGCUUUCUAAGCACCUAGUAGAUUAUAACCUCAUUCCUGUAUCUUUGGGAGCAAUAGAGAAUAUCCAUUCCUGUGCAGUGUCUUAGGGGCUGGGAGGCUGUGGUUUCUGAAGAGUUGACGAGCAGAAAAGCACUGCUGUUUGUAGACUGUGCAACCUGGUGAGCUCUACCCUGUAUACCCCAUGCCUUGAAUACCUUUUGUCUUUGCAGAGGGUGUGAAGAAAUUGUUCUCGGGAGCUUCAAUGGCAGCAAGUCGAGGGGCCCUGGUUACUGUUGGACAGGUAGUGAUACAAAAAAGAGCCAUAGUUGCUGGUGGAUGUGCACCUAAAUCCAGCCUACAUGUGUGCAUAUUCAGCUAGGCAUAUACCUACCACAGUGCACAUCAAGGCCAUAUCUAUAUGCCCACUUUUCACCCCAGGCAUGAAAUCGAUUGACAUGUUCUCUAGCCACCUGGGGAGGGAAAACAGGAUUUUGUAGAAAUCCUGUCCUGUUACAGUCAGAUGUAAUGGAAGAGACACCCGCUCUGCAUGCAGGGUAAGAUUUCUAGUCCAUGCAUGGCUUCCCCACAAGAGCCAGUCUUCCCAUAGGGAGGCUAUAGGCAGCUGCGUUCAGACAGCAGGAUGCAGAAGGCAGCAUGUAUUUGCAAAACCUGCAGACAGCACUAAUAGCUUUUGACUCAAAAUGUUAAAAUGUUAAAAUGUUUGAAGGCUUCUCUUAGUCUCUGGGCCCAAGGUUAACAGGCUAGUUUGUAGGUUCCUUCGUACUGUCUCUCCUGUCUCUGGGGCUGCAAGGGGGUGGGGGUGAGAGGAGAGGUCAGGCUCUGUAGCAAUUGUUUUCUCAAGGUGGGAGAUUUGUGCAAAAGGGUGUAAAAGCACAAGUGACCCGGUGUAGGCUGGAGAAUGAGAUCCUAUAUUUCCCAGUCCACCUGUGUCCUCAGUAUAUUGGCUUAGGGCUUUUAAAGAUGAGUUAGGCCAGGGGUGGGGCACCUGCAGCCAGCAAAGAUAAUAAUAAGGGAUGGUAGUCUAGAGAGCCCCAAGUUCCCCCGGAUUAGGCCAACAACUUCCUUGUCUCCCUGGCAGUACUGAUGAGACAGGAGAUUUGUCCAAGAGGGCUGAGGAUUAGUCACACUUUUGCCACUUGUCCUCCUGAUACACUGCAGGGGCUGGUGCCGCAGUCUUGCCUGAUCCCUUGUGGUUCAACAGAGAAUGGACACUCCGUUUCAGGGCCAGUCUCUCUGCUUGCUCAUGAGUGCUGGGAGAUUUGGGGCCAGUCUCACAUCUUUCUGCUUCUCUGCAGCUCUCCUGCUACGACCAGGCUAAGCAGUUGGUUCUUGGGACCGGUUUCCUCUCCGACAAUAUUCUCACCCAUUUCUUGGCCAGCUUUAUUGCUGUAAGUGGAUACCUGGGUGUGGGUGCAAAGUCAAGGAUUUUAUUUUGUGUGUGUGUGUGUAUUCAUUGGGGUUAAAGCCAUGAUGCUUGUUCCACCUUCUUGGGAGAUGGAGGUCCAAAGUCGAAGUCCAUGGAGCUACCAAGAAUGGAUUGUUAUGAAGGUCCUAGUCCUUCCCUGCAAAGAUAGCAUUUCAAACCCAGAAAGCUCAUCAUUUAAAGUUGGAUUGUCUGGCAAUUGAGCCAUAAGAGUUAUCUCUUAUGUUAACCAGACCUGCUCAAGUGGUAAUGCUCCAAGAUAAACACAAUGUUUGACCUGCCUGAGAUUGUAAAAAUAUGGGGGAGGGUGGUAGGUGGUGAAGUACCAUAUUUUUCGCACCAUAGGACGCACCGGACAAUAGGACGCACUUUGUUUUAGAGGGGGGAGAACAAGAAAAAAAAAAUCUCCCCCUCUCUGCCCAGCACCCCUUCAGCGAAGCGGCAGGAGGCGCUGCGCAGAGAGGGAGAGAACUUUCCCCCUCUUGUUUUCCCGCUCUAAAACAAGGUGCCGUUUAAGGUGCGUUCAGGCGGCUACCUUGGAAGCCUGGAGAGCGAGAGGGGUCGGGAGCAGCGGAAAGGCUCCUGCCGUAGCCGCGCGUCACCUCUCCAGCCGGGAGAGGGUCGCGGGGCUAUGGCGUCUUCGCUCCAUAGGACGCACACACAUUUCCCCUUCAUUUUUGAAGGGGAAAAAGUGCGUCCUAUAGAGCGAAAAAUACAGUAUCUACCAUACUUGACUGGGGCUUGUUUUGGGCUUGGUGGGGACCAUACACUGUUUAAGCCUGUACUAGGCUCAUGACUGAUUUGUAGCUCCUUUGUAAAGCUGUUACAUUACUGAGCAUCUGCUUGGACCCAGUAGUUAGUCUACUGGGUGCUGUUUGGAAUGAAUAAGACCAUGAGCCUCUGGAUUAAGGACUAAUGGAGAGAGCAAGGUUUGACAAAGGGGAAAAGGUAAAAGGGAAGGUAGGGCUAAUAGCAGGCACUGCAGUGUAGAAGAGGUUUUGCCCAAGAAGUUGGUUUUAUAGAAGGCUUUGAAAGGUUGGUGAGAAAGAGAAUUAGCUGGAUAGAGGGAUGGGGUUCUUUAAGGUCUGGGGCACUAUGAAGGAGGUGCUUCAGGGAACUAUAUAUUCCAGUGCAGAUCAUGCAAGAUGAUUUUGUGGCCUCUACCCAUUUAUUCUGCUCCAUGACUUAAAAACACAGCACAUGCCACGCACUAAUUUUAGGUAACUGUUUGGUAAACCAGUGGUCUGCAACUAGAGAGAAAUGCCUUGCCACUCCCCUGCUUCAUCACUGGAUUUCUACUCUUAACACAGCGGUGGGGUGAGCUAUCGCCCUUUCCUCCAACUACCACGUAGCAGUAUGUCAGUUGAUAACUAGCUUAUCAAGUGGGCGUGCUUCUAGUGACAUUCACGCCAUGCCCUGUAACACAGGAUUUCAAAAAGGCUCUGCUGCCAUCACACACACACACCCCUUUUCAUUGCAGGGAGGAUGUGCCACAUUCCUGUGUCAGCCCUUGGAUGUGCUGAAGACACGCCUUAUGAACUCCCAGGGGGAGUAUCGGGUGAGUGAUCUGAUCCCUGUCAAUGGCUGUCCUGAUUUCCAGUCUCUUGAUUCAUUGGUUGCUUGAACUAAGCAUCAUCCUAUAGAUAUCACUGGCCUUCUGGCCAGCUUUCUGUUUUUUCUUUUGCUGCUGCUUGGUGCCAUGCCCCUGAGCAUCAUUCUGGCUGCUGCAGCGCUUCAUCAGUUUGUGACUGGCAGAGAUUGAGCCUUGUAAGGAGAGGAAUGGGAUCUGUACAGGGGGCUGCCUGGGCAUGGGCUGACUUCUUUCUCAUUCUCUCUCAGGGUGUCGUGCACUGUGCAAUGGAGACAGCCAAGCUUGGGCCACUGGCAUUCUAUAAGGUAAUGCAGAUGCAGCAGAAGCAUCGAUGGGUGAUUGCACCAAGUAGACCAGGCACGCAAUGCAGACAGCACAACUCCUAGCCCUUCCUAGUCCUGCAUUCCUGCCCUUUUGGUCCCCAGCCACUGUGCUUCUCCAGUUUGCCUCCCUAUUCCCAAGAUGGCUCCACUGCCUCCAUUGCAUCCCUUCCCCUGCUCAAGUGCUACAGCUGCAUGCCAGGCUACCUGGCCUUUAGGUGAUGCCAGGUGAGUGAAAAAGCCUCAUAUGACUCCAGAUACUGGAGUAGACGCAUGGGAUCAAAAUCUGGGCUUCUCUCCACUGGGAGCCUUUGCCAGCUGCCUCUUUUUCAAGCCCCACCUUCCCUCCUUGGUCUAGCUGUGCAGCUUGCGGCCACGAUUCCAGGAUUGACAGAAGCUGACCAUAACCAAUUUCCUCUUCUAGGGCCUUGUUCCUGCUGGCGUCCGCUUGGUCCCUCAUACGGUGCUCACCUUUGUUUUCCUGGAGCAGCUGCGCAAAAACUUUGGGAUCAAAGUGUUGGCCUGAGGGAGAAGAGGGCCUGCCUUAGUCAGAGGCAUAAACCUGGAGGACCGGGGGCGGGGAGGGCUUGGACACUACGACCCCCACAGUGCCUGGGUAUCACACAAUAUUCCUUUGCCAAGGUGAGGCAUUAUUAACAGUGCCCUUUUUAGCGCUGCGGCACCAGCUGAACUCUCGCAGAAUGCCCCCUUUCAGUGCCUGACAGUUUCUCACAGCUGCUAGCCAACCCUUUGGCAUUGCUUGGUGCCUGAUGGUAUGACAGACAGCCAAUCAGAACUCUCUCCUUUAGUGCCCAGUAGCAGUGAGCGGCCAACCUCUUCCCACAAUGCCUUUCUCCUAUGCCCAGCAGUUCACUGGAGCCUCCAUUCCUUGCCGUUAGCAGCAGCACCACAAUACUGUCUGCCGUGCAGUAGUAACCCUGCUGACCCCACAGCAUCUCCUCUUAACGCCCAACAGCCCCACGAAUGCCCUUGUCUUGCCCGUUGGCAUUGCAACAUUUGCUACCACUCGCUACGGGAGCCCUGCAAGACUGAAGUUGCUCCUGCGCUGUGCCAUGGGCAGUAACUUGCCUCUUCUGCAAUACCACCAUCUUUCUCUGUCCUCAGUCUCCUUCGUUGUUUCUUUGGGGAGGGAGGGGGGAAUUGGGUGCCACGGCCUCCCAUCUCCCAGUCACCUUGCCAUGCUGAGCACUGCUUUCUCCCCUGCUAUUCUGGAGCAGACGUGCAUCUCCAUGUGGGGAGGUAGAAACUUAAUAAUAAUAAUAAUGUUCUCUGUCCAUUUUUAAAUGUUUACGAGUGAACUGGAGAGGGGUUCUACUAGUUAAUGGUGGGGCUGUCGAUAGCAAUACACCUGGCGGGCACCUUUUCCUUCUUACCCUUCAGCGUCCCAGAUUUUUAAAUGUUUCUAUGAACACAAGGUUUCCCUCACUGCGUCCGGCCUCCUCCCUUUAUCCUACCUCAGUCUCUUCUUAACCCUCAGGUCUGCUGUAUGAGGCACGGAUGGCCCCUUGUAUUUAACUGUGACUGGUAGUAGUGGUAGCAUAGGGCAAGCAACACCGCAGUCUACGGCCGGCCUAGCAAGCCUUGCCUCCUUCAUUUUGCUUCUCGCUUUAACCUUGUUCAGCCAAAGCCUCCUGAAACCAAAGGGCCUCCUGGGGGAGGGGCACUAAUGAGAGCAGAGAAUAGGUUUCUGAGGUAUUCCUCUAACUAGCAAGAGCCAAGUUAGCUCAGCCAGGGGGAGAGAACAUUUGAAUCCCUUGUGACACCUCCUUCGCUUCUCAUGUACCCCAAGUGAGCAGGCCUCUUGGCAUAUGAUGGUGGGGGGGGCUGUCGUAAGUUGGCAAGGCCUUCACGGAGGAUCUGGGACGGGGAGAACAUGGUCCAUAUUUAGACCCAUGGCAUGGGCUAAGGUUGCAGGGCAGGGGGAGGCCCUCUGUUUACUAGGUUUACUCUAGAGUAGGUGUCACAGAUAGACAUUGUGUGCCUCUUAAGCUGCCAAACUUUCCCUACUCCCUGCCCGAUUUAUCCUCUGGCAGUUCCUCUGAGCCUCUUGGCAGCUUUGGAGGGAGCCUAGACGGCUGUGAAAUCUUUCCACGUUGCCUUGCUUUUUCUGUGAUGUUGUCAAGGCCCCGUUCUGUAGCACUGAUUUUUUUUUUUUUAAAUGCCUCUGGAUCCGGCCCAUGCCUAAUGAAGUGAUUGUCGUAUCGGCCAUUUGUCCCUUGUUUCUGCUGGCCUUUGUUUUGCCGGCAUGUGGUGCCCCCCUCACCGGUCAGCCCCCCCGGGUGUGAAGCGUCAUUCCAGAGGGUAAUGAUUCUGCGGGGUCGAAGAGCCAGAGCAACUAAAUCAGCACUUUUGUAAUCAUGACAAUAAAGUAAUUGUGAAAAGCAGGUGUUGCUCGUUCCUGAAGCGCCAGUCCCUUUCAAUGUGUGUCAUAUGACUUCGGAUUUACAUCCUCCAAGUUCGCUCUGUUGGGAAAAUGAGAAGGCUAAACGGUUUUGUACAGUGCUGUUAUUUAAAAUGUCCCUCAAAUUGGCGUAUUGAACCAUUUUUAGUUAACAGUUUCCAGAGAGAGAGAGAGAGAGAGAGAGAUGUAUUCUCAUUUUCAACAGGUGCCAACCUAGCAUGGUUGAGUGAGCAGGGCUAGUCCAUGUCGCAGCAAAUUGCUUCUGUUGCCAGACUUUAAGGAGUUUGAUGUCCAAAUUGUGUAGAUCCACUUUCUCCUAUGCAGUAUCUUGCUGUGGUACAAAGUGCAGCGGGAAGCUACAGGACUUAAGAUUGAGUCCCUUUAUUGUAUGAGGCAAAUGGUAUAAACCCAUGUAGGGGGGUGGACCAGUCUUAGAGCCUCCGCCUUACAUACAGAAGGUCCCAGGUUCAGUCCCUGGAAUCGGCAGCCCUGUUCUGUCUCAAACAGAGCAUGAGGAAGCGGUGUCUCAAACACAGGUGUUGUCCCUAGUUAUGGCUGCCAACAUUUAUCUACCCCAUACUGUGUGGCUUGCAUGAGAGGUGCGUCUGGACAAGGCGCUAAUUGGGCUGUAGAAGAAGGCCAAGGGAAUGCAAAUUUGUCAUCUUAACAAAGCUUAAUUAGGUCUGGCAAUAACAGCACUUUGUUCCCAAGCCUGCUCUUUGAGCCGCAUUCCAGUAUCCCCAGGUAAGAACAACCUAUGGACCUCUUAAGUGGCUGAGGCACAUAGCGACAAAAAGACUGGAAGUUGUAGUGCUGUGGUAGGCAACGGGUGGCACUGUGGUCUAAGCCACUGAGCCUCUUGAACUUGCCAACCUAGCAGUUCGAAAGCACGCCAGCGCAAGUAGAUAAAUAGGUACUGCUGUGGUGGGAAGGUAAACAGCGUUUCUGUGUGCUCUGGCUUCUGUCACGGUGCUCAGUUGCGCCAGAAGUGGUUUAGUCAUGCUGGCCACAUGACCCAGAAAGCUUUCUGUGGACAAAUGCUGGCUCCCUUGUCCUGAAGCGAGAUGAGCGCCACAGCCCAUAGUCUCCUUUGACUGGACUUAACCAUCCAGAGGUCCUUUACCUUUACCUUUUUACUGCAACUCUCCCAUCAUCCUUGACCAUUUGUCAUGCAGGCUCUGGGAGUUGGGAGUCUAACAACAUCUACAGAGCCACAGGUUCUUCACCCCUGGGGAUCUGACUUGCACCCCUUUUAAGACACAUUAGAUCCCUAUGUCUUAGUGUGAUUCUGGGGGCCAGCAGCUGUUGGUUGGCACUUAUCCUCUGUUCCUUUCCCCAAUUUAUUUAGCCUCUCCAAGUAGGAUGCAGAUUGGAUACUGAAAGCUGCACUGUUCUGCACAGUACAGAGAGCUUACUGCCCGCAGAGGCAAGUGUGCCGCUCUUCCAUUCUCCCCAGCUUGAUGCAUUCAGUGCUAGGUUGCUGCAUGAUGCAUAAAGCACUGGAGCUGUGGAGAUGGCUCCAGGCACUGUCGGCACUCAGCAGAUGGAGCUUGGGUGCAGACUGUGCUCUCCGUAGCCCCAAUUAGUGAUGGAGAGGAGAUAAGCAUAUGUGACUCCUGUCUCCUCUCUCACCCCUUCCAGCGUGUUGCCAGGAUAACCUGGGUCUGGCUGACCUGUGCUGCAGCAGGACAGAGGGAGGUAUCACACAUUGCAUUUUUUUAGAGGCAUGUCCUGACGGUGCUUUCAAUGCAUGCCAAAAAAAUGUAGCUCUAGCAAAUGCCUGUUUGGCUAUGCUUGUCAGGGAGCUAGGAUUGAACAUAAUACAACUGCCUUGUUGGUCGCCAGCCAGACAAUUUUGGGAUGUCUACAGGUGGGGCAUGAGCACAAUACCCCUCUCUUGCUGCUGUUCUCCAGCUGCUGGUUUUUAGAAGCGUGCUGCCUCUUGUCCUGGAAAUAGUAUUCGUCCACCAUGGCAGGUAGUUGUUUGAUUUGCUGCUGUGUGUGUAAAAUUGACUACAGAACACUAAAGAAGAUGUGGUCAGUCAGUCUUUUUUAUGAAUAUAUGCAACAUCGUUCAGAGAUGCCAAGAACCUAAGCUACAUGGUGUGGUCCAGCAGCUGCACCCCUGUCAAUUCACAAAAUACAUGCCAGGGUAGUUGGAUGUUUCCUACGAAGGAAGCUUGUUUUUCCUAGGAUGGAGCAAGGACUGCACAAUAUCCUGGCUUAGCAGGUGGGGUCAGGCCAGGAGGAAGCUGGCAAAUACCUCUAACUUCUUGCCAUUCAAAACAACUGCCAAAUGAGUGUGGAGAGUGCUACAAAACACUGAACAGAACUACACAAUCCCUGAUUUGAGUACUGUCUUGGCUUUACACAUUAUUUCUCCUAUUUGUGCGUCGCUCUGGCAAACGUAGGCACUGGGAUCAGGUAUUCAGCUUCUAGUAUUUGUUAGGCUUGACUUAAUGGUCAUAGUGGUGUAACUUUGCUUAGCCAUGGAAGAAAUGGCACAAAUGACAAAUGUCAACUGGGGUGGUGGCAAGGUGUGUGUGUAAUUUAGUUCAACCAACAUGCGUUUCAAACUCAGCCCCUCUUCUGAGUUGGUGCUUACUCCACAACUAAAAGGGUAGUCUGACUUGCUUUCACGACUGCUACUGCUUCCAGUUGACUAGCGUAGUUUGGUUUAGGUAGCAUAAGGAGCCCUGAGUAGUAUAAGCAAGGGGAUACCAGGCAGGGGUGCCAACUUGAAUAAAAUAUUGGAGGGGGGUACCCAGGUAAGCCCUGCCCCACAUGAUGUGGCACACACACACCAUUUGAAAGGCAAUGCCCACCAACUUUUGGGGAGGCUAGCCCCUUCAAAUAUUUUAUGGGGGGGGCGAAGGGACCUCAGCCCCUACAAAUUGGCUCCUAUUCAUACCUGGGACAGAAGCUGUUCAGCACUGGUGCUUAUGAAUGCUCAGGGUUAGUUUAUGCAUUGACGCAGGAUCAAGCUGUGAAGUUUUCCCUGCAGAGCCCGUAGCACAGGCUUCCUCAACCUCGACCCUCCAGAUGUUUUUGGCCUGCAGCUCCCAUGAUCCCUAGCUAGCAGGACCAGUGGUCAGGGAUGAUGGGAAUUGUAGUCUCAAAACAUCUGGAGGGCCGAGUUUGAGGAAGCCUGCUGUCGCACUUCAUGCUGCAUAUAAUUACAGUGCUCCCUCCUGAAACAUUUCCCUUCAUUGCACUCUCCUUGUUCACAUGACAAAUGUGUAUGCAAAAUGAUAUUUUUAAGGAUGCAGCAUGUUUCAAUGUAUAACACACAUUCCGGUGUGAUGCCUGCUGCCAUGUGGUUAGAAUGUCAGCCUGGGACUGGGGAGACCAGUUCGAAACUCCAUCAGCCAUGCUCCUCACUAGGUGACCUUUAGCCAGUCAUCCUCUUUUGACCUAUCCUAACCCACAGGGUUGCUGGAAGGAUAAAAUGGGGGGGGACUGUGUGCUCCAUCUGGAAAGUCUUGGAAGAAAGGUGAAAUAUUAACCUCAUUUGAUGUUGUUUUUUUACAAUCAAGCAGUAUAUAAAGUUGAUCAAAUAAAUAAAUAAAAUACAAUAGACAAAAACUUCAGACUACAUACCACAAAACGAGCCUCCGGGUAAUGUAAUAAAAUUGUAACUGACACUUUGUAAAUGUUUUCUUUCGUCUGGGAUAAUGAGACAAGUGUUCAAAGUGAUAGAUGAAAACACAGAUGUUGUUGUUGUCCUUCUGCUGCUAUAUUUCUUACAUUUUUUUUGCCAGGUUUCCUCCCCAUAGUGGCUCCCGCAACAGAUAUAAGUAUUCUGGAAGCCUUCCUGAGAGCGCCAAGCCAGGCAGCGUGAUGCUCUUUCUGGAUUCUCAUUGGCUCUUAGCCGGCCCCCUAACACAGUGGGGAGGAGAGAAUGGGAGCGAUGUCACUGGCCAGCUACUGUUAAUUGCAUGGUAGGAGCCAGCCAUGUUCCUUUGAGUGCAGAACGAGCCGUCUGCUUGAACAAUAAUGGUUGGGAACUUCAGCAUCUCACACUUGUUCAGGAUGUUGAAAUAGUUGCCAGGAGCUUUUGUUUGUUUGUAGAGAUUUGUAGAACUACAAAAAGCGUAGAGAAAGAGAAUAGAAAUGUGUCUGUCUCAGAUGGUGCAGCGGGUAAGACAGUGAAUUUCUGCACCCUUCCACUGAUCCAGCCACCUGCCCGUCACCCUUUAGCACUAAGAGUACCAUCACCACUUUGCGGCUGCAACAAAAGGGUCCAUGGCACUCCUACAGGGAUGUCCUCGGGGCCCUUCCACAGAGCAAGGCAUAUGGGGAGAGGGGGCCACAGAGAAUGCCUGCACCUCCACAUUGCUCUGGCAAAUACAGCUUAUCGAGCAGGAAACUGUUAAAACUUUAAAUAGAGUUUCUUCUAUUUGUCACAACUGUGACAAAGAAGCAGUGGGAGCAGGCACUUUUUAAGAUCACCACAACUACAAUGCCUUGCUGUGGAACAACUCUGCGGUCCCAGUUUGUUUUAUUGUAAUUGGAUUCAGCAGCUUUACAGUUGCAACUUGCUAUUUGAUGUAUUGCAAACUGCUUUGUGAGAAGAUUGUUCUAAAAAGUGGCAUUUUUAAAAACCUUGGUCUUCUCUAGGUGAGCCUGUUCAUCAGUUAAGAUAGUGUUUGGACACAUUUCUCUGGAGGUCUUCCAAAGCCUUUGGAUAAUGAUGGCUGUCAGACAAGGGGCCUUUUCUGUGGUGGCAGCAGAAGAAUGGAUUUCCCUUCCUAGAUGUGUUCACCUGGUACCCAUGUUCCUAUAUUUUGGCUCCAUGCAAAGACUGUCUUAUUCUCUUGUUUGAUGGUUACCAGACGUCCCUGUUUUCCGGGGACAGUCCCCGGAUAUUACAAUUUGCUGCCCUUUCAUGACACUCAAAAUCAGUUUCCUGAGAUGGCCCACCUCACUGUGCUUAAUGGUAAGGUCUACAUGAAUAAUUGCUAAAAUUGAACUUGCAUGUUCAAAGGUUGUGAGCAAACAAUAGUAAAUGGCUGUCUCCAACCUGCCCUGCUUCUGAGCUGACCACCGUUGGAAACAGAGAGCUUCGGAUAUCAAUACGUAAUAAACUUAGCCAAGCCUGGCCUACCUACUUAACUAACCCACUCAGCGAAGGAGGGUCUUGAUUUCCCCCUUCAGUACAACUCUCAGGCUCUUGGGAGAUGCUGUUGCAUAAUUCCCAGAGGCAGAAGACAAAAAAAAAAAAAAAGGCCCUUCGAAUGCUUGGUUUGUCAUACGCUAAGAGUAGCAGCAGCAUGAAAUUUACAGGCUAGAAGAGCAUACAGCUGCAGGGCCAGGAGAAUGUCUGGCAUUUGUGUCCAUCUGUAUCCCAGGAAAAGAGGCAUCCAGCGGUCCGAUUAAUGAGCACACAGCAGGGUUCCUUGGCCCGACACUGCCAUUGUGAAAGGAAAGCUACCACUUAAUAUGUGUGUGUGUCGGGCGAGGCGGCGAGAAGAGGAGGGGGACACAAUGGAGCAGAAGCUCACAUUGCCAGAAGGGACAGUAUCUAGUCCCAGUGGAAGUGAAUUGAGAAUCAUUGAACCUUGGGCCAGCCCCUCAGUAAACAGGCCUGUGUUUGGCAGCACAGAUGAGCGUGAGGAAGCAGGCCGAGCUUCUGUGGGGCCUAGCGGUGGGGUGGCCCUCAAAGAUAAGAAGCAAACACAGCAGCAGCACGGAACGGCAAUAUUUGAAAGCAUCAGACUGUAUCCAGCUAAUUUUUGCUCACUUUGUAGACCCAAUAAAAUGAGUGGACUUAAGUUAGUCAUGCCCAUUGGUUUCAACAGGCCUACUCUGAGCACGAGUAACAUUGGAUGCAACCCAUGGCGUAUUAAGCGGCUACAGUGUGUGUUAGAGAUCAACAUCAUUUCCCCUGUUCUCCAAAUUAAUCAGUAGAGCUGUCAGAAAGCAAUGAUUUUAGGUCGUGGGGCUCUUGUAGGGCUUACCAUCAUGAAGCCCAGAGAGAUGUCUUGGCUAUUUGCUGGCUGCACCAGAUUUGACGAGAAAUAAAUUACAACAUGACGUUUUCGUCGAGUUUGUAUUCAGCGGCAGCCUUCCAGGAGAAAUGAUUAUGGCUUUCCUUCUGAAGCAAGAACAAUUAGAAACUAAAGCAGACGGCCCUUAGCGGAGAUGAAUGGGCAUAAACUAACCAAGGCUGAAAAAAAUACUUGAUGUCCCGUUGAUUUUGACACGAGAGUUACAGUGCAAUGCUAUGCCUGUCUAUUCAGAGUUAAGUUCUGCUUGCUCAAUGGGGACUAUUCCCUAAUAGAGGAUGAAAAACUUGUGGCCCUCUAUAUGUUGUUGGGCCACUUCUCCUAUCAGCAGAGGGACUGAUUUACUUAAUAGUUAUUCAGAUAUUGCAUACAGUGGUACCUCUGGUUACAUACUUAAUUCGUUCCGGAGGUCCGUUCUUAACCUGAAACUGUUCUUAACCUGAAGCACCACUUUAGCUAAUGGGACCUCCCGCUGCUGCUGCGCCGCCGCCCGCGAUUUCCGUUCUCAUCCUGAAGCAAAGUUCUUAACCUGAGGUAAUAUUUCUGGGUUAGCGGAGUCUGAAGCGUAUGUAACCUGAAGCGUAUGUAACCCGAGGUACCACUGUAUACCAAUGUUUUCAGCAACAAACCAUGAGCAGUUUACAAAAAUUAUAGAGUGGAAUUCAGCAUUGCACUAAUACAAUUGUUCCUUCAGUGCAAGCAUUUUUGCUUGCCAGAUGGAACAAUCUCUCCUCUCCUUCCCCUGCAUGCUGUUCUGGGGGGUCUCCCAGCCCCACAGAGUAUAUCUGGGAGAGAAGCAGGGGGAAGCCCCAUUGUGCAAGCAUAAGUCCCUUUGCUGGCUUCCCCUGACAUGCUGCGUUAGUGGAAAACCAAACCAAAAUGCAAUAACUAUAAUAGAUGUCAAAUAAAUAUCAGAAUGCAAUAAAUACAUUUUUAAAACCACCAUUUAAAACAGCAAGUUGGAACUGAGUGCAAUAGCAUUCUCAAACAGACCUGCGUAACCAGCUGAUAUCUUGGGAAGCCUUUGAAGCAUCCAGCAGACGGAGCUUCUCAGAUCUUUUUUGGGCGAGUGUUCCAGACGGUUGGUGCUAUAACUGAAAAGGCCCAUUUCUGCGAGGUUUCCAGAUGGUACGGCCAGCAGAGUCUCCUCUGAUGAGCAUAAAGUUUGAUUUGGCCGAUAGCAGGGAAGGCAGUCUGCUCAGUACCAUAAUCCCAAAUUGGUUGGGUCUUUAUAUGUCCAUAAUAAAACUUGGAACUUAAUUCAGUCGCAAAUAGAUGGCAGCUGCAGAUCCUUAAGAACCAGUGUCAUACAUGGCCCAGCUAGAUGUACCAGUCAGUAGUCACAGCAUUCUGCACUAGCUGCAGCUUCCAAACCAACCAAUAGAGUUUAAUAUUUAAUGUGCCUAAUAUGGUGGGGUAGGAAUGUUAAGGUGGGACUUUACUUCUCAGCAAUGACAGGUGGCUUUUGCUUAUCAAUUGCAAGUGGUCCUUAGAAUAAUUUUUUUAAAGUAUUCUGUUGAGGUCUUGUAGCAUGCUAGUCAAGUAUUUGCAUUUCAGCAAUUGCUUAGUAGAUUGGAUAAAAAGCCAGAACAUUAAUCAGCUAACGAUCUUUAAUCAGUUGGCAGUCCAGCUUCUACCCCACUUGCACGUGAACAGGUCAAUAGGUCAUCCCGCGCAAUGUUUGCUGUCACUGGAAUUGAGCACAUCAGCGCUGCCCUGCUGCCAACUGGCGAGCAAUGGAAUUGGGCAGCUAUGAGGGGUGUGGUCGUACUGCUUAGCUCAUUGGACUGUCCUACAACCAAAGCUCCUGCUCACCAUGGGGAAUGCAACGACUUGGCCAUCUGAGUAGGAAAAGUAUAACUGAGGCAAAUUACUGCUAGUAUAGUUUUAGAGUCUUAAAACUGCUUAGAAUAGCAGCAGGGAGGUAUUUUAAUGGCCCUCCAGAUGCUGCUAGACUCCCUACUCUCAUCAGUCCGAGCCAGCAUGGUCAAUAGUCCUAGAUGAUGUAGUUGAGCGACAUCUAGGGAACCAAAGCUUAGCCACCCCUGCCUUAGACUGUCCUAGCAAGGUGCUUGAAGUUGGGGAACAAGCAAUAGUGGAGGGCAUAGCGGGUCUUUGCUAGAGCAAAUUCAGUGUCCUCCAGUAGGUGAAAGGAGCAUGGAAGGAAAUGCUUGCUAGCCAGGUUCUCUCCUGACGCCACUUGGGAACCAUGGGAGCUGCCUUACACCAAGGCAGAUGAUUGUUUUUGCACAGGCAGCAUCCUAAGGGUUUCAGACUGGAGGUGUUCCCAGUCCUACCUGGGAAAGCUGGGGGUGGAACCUGAGACUAAAGCAGAUGCUGUACCAAUGAGCUACAGCCCUUUCCCAAGCAAGAACCAACAACCACUGGCAAACAUGGGCAGGUGAGCAAAGCAGAUGAACUCAAAACCUAGGAGAGUUGGGGUAGCUUUCAGCCCUGUUCCACAGCAUGCUGUUUGUUUGCUGGAGAAUGUGAGAUGCUCCCAGAGGCCUCCGACCCCAUUCCCUGACCAAGUUUACUUCACCCAGUUUGGCCUCUGUGAGUCUCAGUUCUGCUCCUGCUAUGUGCCCCUCUUCCCUCCCUCUCUGCCGCAGUCACUUCCGAUGUCCCGAGACACCCCAGCUGCGGGAACCAUUCUUAGCCUUUCCGUUCACCCAGAGGAGCAGCUGAGCCCUUUGUUGGGGCCGGGGGUGGCUUUAAUUUCUCUUCCACUCUUUUGAGCAAACAAAAGUGCCAGAGGAACAUCUCCUUGGAAGCUGGAGCCCUGUUUAAUUUGCAAUGAUCAUGGGCUUGGAGUGGCCCAAACUUAGUUCCAGGGCAAGCAAAACAAAAGGUUUCCUUUCUAUCACAGCUUUAUGCUACAGAAAAGAAUCUCUGAGAUUUUUUUUUUAAGCAGUUUGGCAUUCUUAGGCAUGUUAACUGUUGUAUUAUUGAUUAAUUGAUGGAGUUUAUAUACCACCUUUCUUCCAAAAAUAUUGAUAUAAAAAACAACAGGGUUUGGCUUUUGCUGCCCAACUCCACGUGGGACUCUGAGUCCCCUAAGUCCAUGAUCAGUCAGAGAAGAAUGGAUGGAGGCAGGAUCCAGUGGAAAGCAAAACAUAAUUUUCUUGGCCCCGCAUCACCAUCACACUUUGCAUAAGCAACUGCAAUAUAAUUACCAUCUGAUUAAAAGGAUUAAGACAAAACAGGUGACGUUGAGCAGCACCGGGGUCUGGUUAGCCAUGAGGUCAGAGUGCUGUCCGAAAGCAGCCUUUGAAGCAUAGGGUUUGAUGGCAUCCACUGUGCUUUCUGCCUCAGUCCAAUUUGGAGAGAGGUCAGAAGCAGCAGGAGCUAGUGUGUUGUUUUCUAAAGUGCUAUCUCUUUCUGCUUAGAAAAUUCUUGUGUGCAGAACUUAGCCUCCGCCCCCCCACUCCCCAUACACACUCUCUCACUAAUGAGCCCCAACUAUUCAUUGCUAUGAUGCACCAAGCAUGUGUUCUCUCCCCCAGCUCCCAGUAUGAUGGCUCAGCUGGUCUCCAGGGGAAGCUAAGUAACUCAGAGGCUGUCCUCACACGAAAACAUUACCACUCUCUGGACACUGAGCAGACACCUCUGCCCUUUGCUGCCAUCCUCUAGGAAGCCGAACUGUCUUCCUAGACCUUUCCCCUGCAUGUCUUCCUGAGCAGCGAGGCAGGUGUCCCCGAAUCCCAACUCAGUGCUCAUUUGCUACCAAGAUGUAGCACAGUAUCUAACAGGCUAUCGGCUGACUUAGCACAGCACUAAAUGCAUUUCCCUUUCCCCCAGAGGCUGGUGGAAAAGGGCAGCAUAUUGAGAGAUCCUUCUUAAAAGGAAUUAACAGGCACCCUUUCACUGGGCAGGGGGUGAUGCGAGGAGGGCACAGCUCAGAUCUAGGACCACAUUUCCAAAGCUGUUGUCAACACUCUCAUUACCUAACUCCCCAGCCAUACAAGGGAUUUGUGGUCUCUAUUACUGCAGCUAAUGUGAUAAGCUCCCUUUCUUUUGACAGGCUCAUCAGCAAUAACCAGUUCAGAGCAUGAUUGUAAUGGCCCCAUCCAAUUACCGAGGGUCAGUCACUAAAAAAUGGCACUGGGGGACUAAGUGGUAUUUCUUUAAAGUGUUGUUAAAGGCGAGCAUUCGGAAAAAGCUUGCACAGACAAUUUUUAAAAAAAAAACUGGUGCUUGAUUACUUGCUCUGUAGUAUCUCUUAGAAGGGCCUACUUGCAGCAGGAAGGGAGGGUUCAGAGGGAGAGGGAGAGACAGAACAAAUGAGAAUGUGGACUACAGCCUUUAUCCAAGAUCCCAUGUAGGAUGCUCUGUGGCUCAGUGGGAUUUUCUUCUGUGGAUAUCCUGGUGUUACCUGCAUUUUUCAUGCCUUAAAAGUGCCCACUGAACAGAGGGCUCUGGAAUUGAGACACAGGUAACACCUCCACACAUACCCUUCUUCUUCUGUCUCUUGUUGCAUUAAAAAUGCACUCCAGUUCCCAUCCGUGCCAGCCAGAAGGGCCAGGAAUUAUGAGAGUUGUAGUCCAACAAUAUCUGGAAAACCACAAGUUAGUUCCCCAUCCCUGGAAUUUCUGUUGUUCAUGCUGCAAUAUAUAUAUAGAAAGAACAGAGAUCUGUCCUUAUUUUUCUGCACACAUUCUGCAAAGUUACCCCCCAAAAUAUUUCAGGAAUCUGCACACAUUUCUUCUAAGGGUGUCCGCCCUCCACCCCGCCCACCCAUUUCAAUUUAUUCUUUGGAAGCCAAGCUGCCCUGUUUUGAUUAACCAUCUCAUCUAUUUCUAAUGGGGUUGUUAUCCUCCCACCUAUGAAGGAUAGCUUGUGUUGCCGCCAGGAAGGCCCUGUGAGAUGACGCUGGUGGCGCUGUGGUCUAAACCACUGAGCCUAGGGCUUGCUGAUCGGAAGGUCGGCGGUUCAAAUCCCCACGACGGGGUGAGCUCCCGUUGCUUGGUCCCUGCUCCUGCCAACCUAGCAGUUUGAAAGCAUGUCAAAGUACAAGUAGAUAACUAGGUACCACUCUGGUGGGAAGGUAAAUGGUAUUUCUGUGUGCUGCUCUGGUUUUGCCGAAAGCGGCUUAGUCAUGCUGGCCACAUGACCUGGAAAAAAACUGUCUGCGGACAAACAUCAGCUCCCUCAACCAGUAAAGCGAGAUGAGCGCCGCAAUCCAAGUCAUUCCCAACUGGACUUAACUGUCAGGGGUCCUUUACCUUUAUUUAAUGACCACAGCAUAUGACUAAGGGCCUGAGGCCUGACAUCACCACCAGUGGCUAGGGUUGUUUGUCCUGCUUAUACGGGAAGUGGAUUUUUUAUAUAUAUAAAAAACUGGAUCACACAAGAGUAUACAUACCUACGGCAAGGCAGUAUCAGUAGCUUUUGGGCUGUUGUGAACUGGGUUGCUUUUAUAAUGCCUUUUGAGUCUUUGUUCCACAGUUCCCUUCAAUUAUUGCAGUGGCUUCUUUGAGGCAUAUGUGCCUGAGAAAUACAGCAGCUUUGAAUGGGACGGAGGAAAAGCCACCAGAGAGUGUACUCGCCCUGUGGCACACAGGGGAAGGAGAAGGCAAGGAAUGAGAGAAAUUAAACCCACAAAGUAGGUCCGCACAUCCCUGGAAUUCAGGAAUGACCAUGUGAGGAAACUGCCUAGCAAUUCCAGAAUUAAUGGUCUGGAACUUAAGAGUGUGCCAUCAUGACCUUGCUCAGAGUCACCAGAUAGAUUUAAUUCCAUAGCCUAGAUCUCCCAGUAGCAAUGCACAAUCUCUCAAAUCUCAUCAGCUGUCAAAAAUGGCACUGGUAACCAGAGGAGAUAAGAAUUCCCCCUGUAGAAUCAGCAUCCUGCUUCCAACAGCGACCAACUUCUCCAACAAUUCUAUAGCACCGCCACUCUACACACAAGGAAAUAAAAGCAACUUCCACUCAUAAUAAUUGUUGAGCACAAAACUAACAAUGUGAAUUGUUUUCAAUGUGCAUUUGAACUUUCCCCAACAUUGUAGGAUUCAAGGGAUGGAGUAGGGACAGCAUCCAAUCUCCCACCCAAAUUAAAAUAACAACUUCCCAAAAGUAGAUAUAUAUAUAUAUUUUUAAAAAGAUCUGUGUAGCUAUUUUGUGCGCAGAGACAAACCUAUAGAGUGUAUGAACACAAGUGGAAGAUUUUUGUUUAUUUGAAGAACAGUUUUAUUUCUUUUUAUUUCAUUCAUUCAUUCAUUCAUUCAUGCUUGCUUGCUUGCUUGCUUGCUUUCUAUAAAGCACACACCUAGCAAUGAUUCUAGUUACAGGUAGGUAGCCGUAUUGGUCUGCCGUAGUCAAAACAAAAAUUAAAAAUUCCUUCCAGUAGCACCUUAGAGACUCUAAGGUGCUACUGGGAGGAAUUUUUAAAUUUUGUUUCGACCUAGCAAUGAUGUCAAUCAAGAAACGAAACAUACCUUCUCAUUACUAUCAUUUGUAUUCAGAGACACACUGCCUCCAACAGUGAAGGUCGAACAUAGCCAUCAUGGCUGGUAGCGUUGUUCUCCACAAAUUUAUCCAAUUCCCAGAGCGGUUCAACAAUCCCUCUUCCCAGAAAACCCUGGGAUUGUAGCUCUGUGAAGGGAAUAGAAUUAACAAACUACAGUUCCCAGGAUUCUUUGGGAGAAGCCAUGACUGCUUAAAGUGGUAUGAUACUCUUUUAAAUGUAUAGUGCAGACAGGGCCCAAGUAUAUGUUGUCUACUAUCCACAUCUAUAUGCUUGUCGACACUCUCAAAUGAUUCCAAAAGAUCAGUAAAACAGAACUUCCCUUUGCAGAAGCCAGUCUAAUUCUUCUGUGCCAACACUUGCUCUUCUUUAUGUUUACUAAGUCUAUUUUUAAUAACGCCUUCCAGCAAUUUAUCAAGGCCAAACAUUAGGCUAACUGGCCUGUGAUUUCCUGGCUCGCUGCCCUCACCCCUUUAUAAAAAUUGGUGCUGCGCUGGCUUACUUCCAGUCAUCUGGUAAAGAUGCUUAUUUUAGUUACAAAUCUGUUUCUGCAAGAUGCAUUUCCAGAGGGAGGUAUCCAUGUAUUACCAUCACAAAUGGGUGGCGUCAAUGCUAAAUGGAAAGGAAGAAAGGAGGAAGAGACCACAAAAUUUGAGCUUGAAAUUAACAGGCAUUAAUUGUCACAACUGAUAUGCUAUGGAGGAGGCAGGUGGGCUCUCCCCCCACACCCACUGCAACAGAAAUAUUGCCAGAAGAAAAAAGAUAUCCACAUAUUUAAUGUUUCAGACACCUUCCCUCAGGUGUGAACAUCUUUUUUCCAACCAGAUGUCCUGCAUAACACCUGGAUAAGGCAGGUGCAAUCAUGGGCACAGCCAGGAUUUUUGUUAGGGGGCAGGCCUUUUGUGGGGGGGAGGGCAGAACCUCAGUUAGCUAUGCUUUUUAUUUAUUUAGGGGGUGGAGCUGCCCCUCCCUGCCCAUGGGUGCAACUAAUGCACUAAAAAUUGAGUCUGGAAAAAGCCCUAAAGCAGAGUUGGUGUCUUACACAGGUGUUCUCUUUUCCUUAACAAUUCAGACCACAAGGCUGAUCUGCUUAACUUUCUUCAAGGCCUAUUAGGUAUGGAAGCAGACUUCCGGACCUCACCAUAAGCCCAUCUGAUUCAUCCAGGGGUUUCCCAAACUUGAGUCUCCAACUGUUUCUGGACUACAAUUCCCACCAUCCCUAACCCCGGUCCUGCUAGCUAGGGAUGAUGGAAGUUGUAGUCCAAAAACAGCUGGAGACCCAAGUUUGGGAUACAACGGCAUUCAUUAGUGCGAGGAAGGCCUUGAGCUUGAUGACCGCCUGACCCUUUGCCCCCUUUCCCCGAUGCCACUCAAAGAGUACACGUGUCCCAGGAACAGGAUGGCGCCCCCUGACGCGAGGCCCUGGGAAGCAUGAGGCGGCCUGAGCCUCGGCUGCCGACCUCCCCCGAAGUUGGGGGGAGGGAGAGGAAGGAGGAGGUGGUCUGCGCAGCCCUCCCUGACACCUCCAAGUCUCGCUUUCCUUUUGCGCGUCAGCAGCAGCAACGGCGGGUGAAAACUUGCGACUCCGGCAGGAGAGAAGGUCCCUUUCUGGAGAGCUGCUUCCCUGGCGCGAGGAGAACGCGGCGCCCCUCCGGCUGCCCGCCCGCACCUGCUGCUCCGCGAAGAGGCUCGGCCGCUGUCUCCUCCUCCCCUCCCUCCCUCCGGGCGCCCACCCCCCAGCUCGCCGGUCCCUCCCCCCGAAGCCGGUCUCUGAGGCUGCAUUGAGCCGCGGCUCUGGCAAAAGUUUUGAGCGGAGCGCCAGCGCUCAGGAGCCGGCGCAGAGCGACCCCUUGGCGGGGAACUUCCUCGACCCUUUGCCCGGCUGCGAUGCGCCCGACGGGGAGCGCCGAGAACUGAAGCCACACAGGCAGGUAGGUCUGGGCCGGCGGCUGAGGGAAGAAGGAGGGCUGCCGUCUUCGCGGGUUUUCCCUUUUCCUUUGGUCACGUCGAGGGGCGCGAGCGCGUGGCGGGGAGAUCCCUCAGCCGGUUCCAGGGGCACCGAAGGGCGGCGGUGUGGAAGGGGGCUCUCCCCCCCUUCUUCUCCCCGUCAGCCUCGGGCAUAGCUGUCAACGUUUCCCUUUUCUUGCGAGGAAUCCUAUUCGGAAUAAGGGAAUUUCCCUUAAAAAGGGGGAAACGUUGACAGCUAUGGCCUCGGGUUCCCCGCGGUGAACGGGAUGGAGCUGAGCACAUGCAACAGCCAGCCUCGUCCCUGCCUUGCGCCCCGGGGAGGCGAGGCGACAACGGCCUCGGUCCGGGGCGUCCACACGGCAGCCGAAUAUAGCGGGACAGCUUUGUCGAGGGUUAAAGGAAGGGACUUCUGGAGAGCUCCGUUGGUUAGAACGUGGUGCUGGUAACAGCAAGGUCUCAGGUUCAGUCCCCAUAUGGGACAGCUAUACAUUCCUGCACUGCAGGGUGGGGAAUUGGGCUAGUUGAUCCUUGGUGUCCCUUCCAACUCUACAGUUCUAUGAUUCUGCAACUGUUAAAAGGGGAGCAGCGUCCUCUCCCGAGAGGUCAGGGACCCGCAUUGAAGCCAAGUAUAUAGUCAACUUUGGCACAAUUUCUAGCAAGCCUGUUAGAAUAUGCCACGCACCACCCAGUUUGCCUUGCUGGCUUGCUAGUCUGUGGUAAGGUUGCCAUAUUUCAUAAAGUAAAAAAACAGGACACCCCGAAAGACAUCAAUUCUGCCUUUGUAAUGUCCUGGGAAAUCCGGACAUAUAGCAGCCCUUGUCUGUGGACACACAGGGUAAUCCUUGACCAGAUAACCAUACACACACAUGUGUCAGUCAAGGACCCCUUUAGCUACUUCUUAAGAGCAAUACAAUUUUUCUCCCUUCCCAAGAGCAAACAGUAUCAGGUAUGACUUCCAACUCCCCUUUGAUCAACAACGGCUGCAGCAAAACGAGAUGACCCCAAAUUACUCUGCCAAAUAAAGAAUGCUUGAAGGUAACCAGGAGUGGUUUCCAGGUGGAAGGGCUGUGAGCUCAGUUCAUUCUGGUACUCCAAAUUAAUUCCCUGGAUCUGAAUUAUUUAAUGCUACACUGACUCCACUUGGUGGAUCUUGUGGGUUCCCGUUAAACCACCACCACCACCAAGCACAUCCUGCAAGCCUGAGGUCUGACCAGCCCUGAAAUAGAUAGUGCCUUGUUCUCUAGUCCACAGUUCAUGGGCAUAGCCAAGGGGGGUCAGGGGGGCAGCUGUCCCCCAUGAUCAAUAAAAAUAUUUAACUAACUAAGGUUCUGCCCCCCCUAACAAAAAUCCUGGCUACGCCCAUGCCACAGUUUUUUGAUGCCCUUUGCUUUGAAAACCCAAACAGGAGAAUUGCAUCAGUUGCACAGGGAACCUCUGGAUUUUGGGAAGAGAAAGUGUGGGGCAGUAGUAGUUGGAGAACACUGCAUGGAUGAGGGGGAAUGAAAGGAGGCACAAAGGGGUUCACAAGUCACAUUAAGCCAAGGCAUGGAAGGGGCCACUGAGAAAGGGGGCACAUAUACCCACCAUGGAGUUGUGCCUAUGGCUAGGCGUGUGUGUGUGUACCAUAGCUGCCAACUUUUUUCUUGCAAGGAAUCCUAUUCAGAAUAAGGGAAUUUCCCUUUAAAAAAUGGAAAAGUUGACAGCUAUGGUGUGUACACACACACACACACACACAUAUACACAGUACAUACAGUUCCUCUUCUGCCCUGCUUCUCCUCCUCCUCCAUGCUGCCCUCUAGUAUCACAUCACAGGGCUAUGUUCUUGUCUCCUGCCCACAGCCUCCUGCAGACACCCAGCCACACAAUCAGUCACGUAACACCUAGCAGAACCUGAACCUAAUUAAUACUAAUGGCAAUCUGCUAUGUGUGCAGGAGAAAAGGUGGCAGAGGGGAGAGUGUGUGUGCCUGUAGAAUGGACAAACACAUGCCCCGUGUGAACUGUAACCAAAAGGUGAAAAAAACAACUCCGGAGACGACAGCCAAUUGGUUUAAAAAAUUCUUUUAUUUUAUGCAUGACCGGGAUAGCUCAGUUGGUUAGAGCAGGAGACUCUUAUGCUCUGGGUGGUGGGUUCGAGCCCCAUGUUGGGCAAAAAGAUACCUGCAUUGCAGGGGGUUGGACUAGAUGACGCUUGUGGUCCCUUCAAACUCUGUGAUUCUAAGGAAGAAACGGAAUUGGAACGGCCACUUUUACAAUAUACAACCCGAGGCACAGGAUUAUUUGUUUUAAUGUGUUACGCACUGUAUUGCAAAAUCACAAAACGUCCAUAUGAAAAUCUCUGGUUAAUGUGACACACUGCUAAACAACAAACAGAUCUGGAAGCCCAGCAGGUUCAAUGAAUACUGAACUUAAGCUUGGUUAUACCCAUCUCUGCAAAAGUGGGGUGAACAUUGGCGCACAAAGCAUAAGGGAGAUUAAUAAUGUAUACUGGUCCAGUUACCCAUUCAGGCAAAUCUGUCCUAAACGCUUGGCAUGUGCGGUAUAAUCCUACAUUGGCAACUUGGGGAAGUUAGGAAGGAUAAGUAGAAGGAUUUUCCCCUACAGAUGUUGUUGUUGUUCAAAUAGGAGGUGUUAAAAAUGGUAUCCAGUGUAUGAAUGAACUUCUAAAGAUUUAUAUUUAGGAAUGGAUUGGUUCAGAGUCCACCCUACCCUGCUUGGGAUUACUGUUAACGUUAUUGCUGUAAACACACGAUCUCAUGCAAAACUCACUAAAUUGCCUAUACCAAGAGUAGUGUGUGGCACUCACCAAGGUAGGAUAAUUGCAGGACACCAGAUAUAACAAUCCCAAGCAAGCCUGACUUUUGCCUUUCUCUUGCUACGAUGGACAGCGUUGGGUUAACUGCCUUGCUUUGGGUACAUUGCUGGUGAGGACAGAAUUGCAGCCUGUGGGGAUCUGGCUCCUCCAGUGUCACUAGUGAGGCAGGAUAGGAACCAAAAGAGACUUGUAGCAGCAGUCAUGGCAGCCUCUUAGUGUGUGCACGAGGAGUAGAAAUCGCUUCCUAUUGGCUUUCAGGGUUAGUUCUGACCUCUGAUCCUUAUGUACAAGCCCAGAACAGCAGUGGGGUUUAGGUAACAGCCCCGCUUCUCGCUAGAUUCAGUUUCCCUUGUUUGAGUGUGAUGACAUGUACAGCAAAUUCUUGGAAAAGCUGCAUGGGAGCAGACAGUCUCCCUUUAAUUAACCUCUUGGUUCUAUGUCAUGGAAUGGAGCAUUGAGAUGACCUGUCUUAAAAUGCCUUGCAGGAAUCACUCCUCCUUGCUGCAUGAUACAGUGGUACCUCGGAUUAAGAACUUAAUUUAUUCUGGAGGUCCGCUCUUAACCUGAAACUGUUCUUAACCUGAAGCACCACUUUAGCUAAUGGGGCCUCCCGCUGCCGCUGCACCGCCGCUGCACGAUUUCUGUUCUCAUCCUGAAGCAAAGUUCUUAACCCAAGGUACUAUUUCUGGAUUAGCGGAGUCUGUAACCUGAAGCGGCUGUAACCCGAGGUACUACUGUAUAGUCCUCAGCUCCAACCCCAUCCCAGUAUGGUCCCAUCAGGUGGAACUGACAGCACAUUUUGUGACUAUUUCUGCUUCUAUCCACAGAGGUGGAUUUGAGGGAGUGUGACUGGUUCAGUUGCACUGGGCGCAGAGCCUUGGGGACACCGCAGGGGGCGCUGCAACUAUGAUGUAGAAUAGAAUGCGAGAGGAGGGGGUGCCACUGAAAUUUGAGACCCCAAAGUCCGCCACUUCUAUCCACCUACACCCUUCCAAAAUGCAGUAGCAGAAGCAAAUCACCAGAAGCAAAUUCUUGUAAUGUGAUCUUGAUUUAUGCACUUAAAAGCAAUUCAGUUCUUAAUGAGAAACCUAUAAUUCUCCAAAGAUCACUUGUGUAAAUUAUGCAGAGAUGCAAAUAUUUCAACAUGAUGUGAAACCACAAAUAUGUUAGUUAAAAAAAAAAGUGAUACUGUGUGCCAGUUUUUAGGGAAUUUUAAAUAUUUGGUGGCAGAAACACAUGACACAGAGAACAGUGUGUACAAAGGUCUUGAAGGGCAUUUAUGGGAUGGGACAGGAGAUAUACAGAGCACAGACUUCCUUGCCUCUGGCUGCCGAAAACCCCACUUACGUUUUCACAACGUUUUCACAAAGUACUGUCUGCACAUUUUCAACCCCCCCCCCCAAUAAUGCUGAUGACAAGAAACUUGGGUGUUGCUUUUUUAAAGUAAAACUGACAUUAUUGGAAAAAGAAAGAUGUCUUGACACCCCAGAUUCCAUUGCAAUUGCAGUUAUGAAGAUUUUCAAAUGCACAUGCCCUUCCCAGACUCAUUCACCUAAUACUGCCUUUCACUCAGUGUGUUAAGACAUCCCCAUUAUCUAUCCCCUCCCAACAGUCCUGACCUAUUGGAUUGUUGAGACCCGAUGUGACAAUCUCUCAUACUCUUUGUCCACUUUACCUUUAGCACAUAUUUUUCUUGCCCUGUGUAUCAAAUCCUCUGCUGCUUGGGGCCCAGAAUAGAUGUUUUCACUGUCUGGCUGUGAACACAGUGAAGAGUCUAUUCUCUGUGUGCCACAAAAUGCCCUGGAUGUAAUUGGAGGACAGUGUAUCAUGAUAUCACCCAUUCAUUUGUCUGAUAUAAUUCAGCUCCUCAUGUAGCAUGGAUGAUAUGAAAAUCCUAAUUUCUGAUGCCCCAUUUGGCAUAAGUCUCAAUAUAAGACUCUGGGAAACAUAUCUUGUUAGAUAUGUUUGUUAAGCUUGUUACAGUGUUUCAGCUUUGUGCUUGGUUGGCGGCUGGUGCUUAAUUUGUAAAAUGAUGGCCAGAGUUCAGCCCUAUCUGGAAGCCAGUCCCUCUAACCAGGAAAACUUAUUCUGUAGCCACCAAUGAAAACGGAGGGACUGGCUAGACUUGUUGAGCUUGUGCAUGCUCAAGAGGCAUGGACUCUUCUCUUUGGAUAACCAGAACAAGAAAAAAAGAAAGAAAAAAGCAACCCCCUACUAGUGCAGUAAUUGGGAGACUCCGUACACACAGCCCUGCCAGUUUGAGUGAGUUGAUUGAAUCUUGGGCUGGAUUUGGCUGUGUGAUUGCUUCACUGAAUGCUCAAAUCAAGACUGGGGGAAAAGUCUCCUGGUGUUCUACUGCACCAUCAUAAACACUUUGUAGUUGGACUGUAAUAGUAGAGUAAAAUCUCAGCUUGCAUUGAAAAAUUAUGACUGGAGAGUGUAGAGAACCUAUUGCACCAUUGUUUCACUGCUUGGUGAAAAGAUUGAACAGAUUCACUCAAUCCGCAUAAGGGCACCCAUCUCCAGUUGUGUGAUUUGGACCUCAGACUCCAGGAUCCAGGACUAGCUUCUCUAGCAGAACCUAUGGCUUGGCAAAAACGGGUUCCAACUCAAAUUAAGCAGCAAAUCUGGUUCUUCUGUUGUGUCUAGCUGUGGAUGUCACCUACUUAUUUGGGGAUGUUAUAUACUUCUUGAUAUGGACCACUGUAAGUCAGGUGGAUGUGUUUUUACAUGCUUUCAAGAGGCAACAAUUUCUGGAAAACAUUCUGGCAGGGCUUUGCGUUACAUUGCCAAUACAAAUGGAUUGAAAUCUGCCUUUAUUCAUUUGCAGCAUUUCUAUUCUGUAUUUUCCCCAAGGAGCACAAGGAGGGGUCUGCAUAACUCUAUUCUCCCAGGUUAUCCUCGAAACAACCCUUUGAGCUAAGUUAGCUUCAGUUUGUGUGACUGGCUGAGUGAGUGGGGAUUGGAACCUGGAUCUCUAUCUCUUCCUUUCCUAGUCCAACCCUCUAGCCACUACACCACACACUUGCCUAUCAGAUUUUGAAUGGGAAAAUGUCUUCUGGGGCUGAGCCUGCGAGAGACGCAGUAUGUAGACUUUUGCACACCCUGUAGUUCUGCCUGCACAUGUGCUUCUUGGCAUCAGUGCUUGCCCGCUAAGUGGCAGACAGCUAGGCUCUCUCGAGCGCAGUUCCUUACACCACAAGGGCCAUGGUGGUGGGUGAGUGAGUGCUGAGCUAUGACCACUUCGUUCUGUGGGGAUAUUUGCAGUGAUGGGAGGCCCUGAGCAGGGUCCUUUAGGUUCAGUCUCAGCCUCUCCACUGUGCCCUUUGUGCCUCUGCUCCGAGUUGGGCUGUGUCAACAGAGUGAUUGCAAAGUAUCCUGUUUGAACAAGUCUUACUCACUACGAGACCUUGCAAGUUGGGAAGUUGCCUGGUGCAUCAGAAUAACAACUGCUCCAAUCUUGCCCCCUUCAGUUGGGGGUGUGUCUCAUCACCAGCCCCCAAGCAGAGGGCAGCCAGGGAUGGGUCAAGUUGCAUGCUGGGAGGAUGAAGAGGAUCCUUUGCCGCCUUCUCUGUGUCUUGCAGGCUCAUGGUUUGGGUGUUUGCUUAGAAAAGGAUUCAACAGUCGCCUAACAUGGACUCAAUUGGUCUGUGCAUGAGCAGACACAGAUGUAUCUAUUUCAGAGGCACUGUGUCCAGAUGUGCAAUGGCAGCAGCAGCAGCAAGCCCCCUUGCCACUAGCCCCUUACUUUGGCAAAACAGCAGCAAAGCUUCCCAUUGAGCCAGUGAGUUAUCGAUUCCAUGUAGAGUUAGCAAAGCAAAGAGAAAAUGGGCUGGAGAUUAAAUAAGGUAAAGGUAAAGGGACCCCUGACCAUUAGGUCCAGUUGUGACCGAAUCUGGGUUGUGGCGCUCAUCUCGCUUUAUUGGCCGAGGGAGCCGGCGUACAGCUUCCGGGUCAUGUGGCCAGCAUGACUAAGCCGCUUCUGGCGCACCAGAGCAGUGCACGGAAACACGGUUUACCUUCCUGCUGGAGCAGUACCUAUUUAUCUACUUGCACUUUCACAUGCUUUCGAACUGCUAGGUUGGCAGGAGCAGGAACCGAGCAACGGGAGCUCACCCUGUUGCGGGGAUUCGAACCGCCAACCUUCUGAUCGGCAAGUCAUAGGCUCUGUGGUUUAACCCACAGCGCCACCCGCAUCCCUGGAGAUUAGAUAUUCGGCCUCAAACAAUGUGACAAUGAGCCCAGGAAGCUACCAGAAUAAGAAGAACCACACAUACAUCCUUCUGCAGUUCAUGUAGCAGGAGCAAAUGCUCUCUGCAGGAUACCUGGGCUGUAAAGCCUUUGGCCAUGUCCUCCUUAAAUGGCUCUCCAGCAGCUGUUCUAGCCAUUCACCAUACUUAACAGGCUGCCAGUGGGAAGGCACAGUUGGCUCUUCAGAAGGCUGUGCCAGCUCUUCAGCCUGAGUUGAUGGAAUUUGAAAGAGAUUACCUGCAUCAGAGUACCAAGCCCUUCGUCAACCCCACCUUGCACAGGGGGUGAUGAGCAGGAUUUGUGAAACCCAGUUUACAGCACUGCAUCAGGGCUUGCAAAGUGCAAGCCUGUGGCUUUGCCCACAUGGUUUGAUUUCAAACCACACAGGCAAAAAACCUCUGUGUGGUUCACAGGUGUUGUUCUUGCACUGUGGGAUGAAGUCAGAGAUUCUGUGCUGUAAGUCAGAAGAUGGUUUGUCUCAGCAGAUCCGUUUCUAGAGAUCUAACUGGUGACAGGAGUCUUUCAUCUGAAAAGGCCACACAGCCUUUUUUGCAGCUGGUGUGUCCUCUCAUAGAUCAAGGAUGGCUAAUCUUGGACCCUUCAGGUAUUGCUAAGCUACAGCUCCCCCCACCCUUGACCAUGGGCCAUGCCUGCUGGGGUUGAUGGGAGUUGCUCCCUUUCUAGUAUAAACUACUGACCAUCUCCCUUUAGCCACUUUCCUUUACAGCACAUAGUCUGUGUCGCUAUGUGGGAUAAAGUGACCAAUGGGGCAGGAGUCAGCACUCUGGCGGACUUUGCCUCCUCCAUUUCAAUCAUGGGUGGGAAGCUCCAGCUCCCAUCAGCCCCAGUUAGCAUGGACAGUGGGCAGGGGAUGAUGGAAUUUGUAAUCCAGCAGCAGUUAGCCAAAUAGGGAAUGUCACCUGCCUGCCUGCCUGCCAAACUGUCCUUUGAUCACUCUCAUUUUAUUCCUUUCUCUCCAGUUGGCUUCUGUUGUUUUCUUACCUCCCAAGGCCAGGAAGCGUCUCAUCACAUUUUACAAUACAAGGUGCUGUGUGGGGAUUAUCAAUAAUACUGAGGAAGCUCUUUUCAUUCCUCUGCCUCAUAGUAGGGGUUCUGGAUACUCAUGGAGAUGAGCUGUUGAAAUCAAGGGCUCACCUAUUCCUAAAGAGUCAUUUUACGUUAUAGUACCAUUUUUUUUACAUUAGAGUGUAAACACUUAAAAAGUUGUCUGAAGUUUUCUUUGGCCUAUUUGUAUAUUAAAACAGAAAGAAACAAACCCCUGCACCCUCACAUCUGAGUAAUGUUGAAAUGUCAUCCUCUAUAGCUGUUUCACAGCUAAAUACAAGAAAAGUGCUGUGGAAAUUGAAUUACCCCGGCCGUUUGUGACAUCAGAGUUGUCCCAGCUAAUCAGAUACUUCUCAUCAUCAUCACUAUGAUUUAGUCCGUUAUUUCUUUCUGCAGCCGAGGCUGAUGAUGGUGGGGACAGCAGAGGGUAAUGAAGAUCAAAAUUAAGAUGCAGAAACAGAGCCAUGAGGCCUUUGGUCUGUGGGUGUGCGCACUCAUAGGACCAAAAUAGUGGGAUAAUGGCAGAGGUACAAGUGGUUGAUGGAUCUAAUGACUCUCCCCCUAAGACUGGCUGAAGCCACCUGAUCCCUAGUGGGAAAUGGGGUGUUAGUGGCAGAGCCAGCCUUAUGUUGUUGGCAUCGCAUCAGUUCCUGCCUCAGACAUCCCCUCCCCUGCCAAGCACUGAAGCCCCUGCUGCGUUGGAUUGUAGCUUCAAGGUUUGUGCCAUUAACGCACUAGGGGCUAAUCCUUUUGUGUUUUAACAAGAGAGCAGCUUCCCCCUUCCUCCUCUCCCCACAGCCUCUCUCUUGAGCAAUCAAGGGGAGGGGAUGGGUGAAAUCGUAUGUGUGUGUGAGAGAGAGAGGGGGGGGGGAGGCAGGAUCAGAACAGCUUUGAUGCUUGUUUGCUGAGAGAAGAGUCUGGAAGAGAGAAUGUACUGCAUUACAUUCCCAGCAUGGGUGAUGCUGCAGCGCAUCUUUCUUUCACCAGGCAUAGUUUUUCUUUUCCCAUUUUUUUACAGAAACACUAUUUCUCCUCCUCCUCCUCCUCCUCCUCCUCCUGCUUCUUCUUCUCUUUUUCAAGAGACAAUCCCACCCACCUCUUGGAAUUCAGAAACCACUCAUGCAGUCCUACUGCAAAAGCCUAAAGCAUAUGCAUAGUUUGCAGCACAGAGAUGAAAAUAUAAAAUUAUCAGAAAUGGUGGUGUCUUUCCCAUAGGUUGGCCAUAGAACUGGCAUUGUUCUGAAAGGAAGGACUAAUGGUGUCUUCCUAGGUGCACUUAUGUACAAGUAAGCACUAUCAAACUUCAGAGUAAACAAGCAUAGGAUUGGGCUGUACUUGAGCUUUAAACUAGUGUACAAUGAAAUCCUGAGUCACAGAACUAUGAUGCUCUUCUGAAUAAGGAAAAUAAAUAAGCUUAACACAACAGGCGCCUGAUAGUUCUGUCAAUGGGACUAUAGCACCCAACAUGUAGGAAAUAUACCCACACUCGAACCGUGUCUGCUUUGCACAUUGUUUGAAUAACUACGAGUGUUUUCAGAUGGAAGCUUACUGUUGCAAACUGAUCGUUCAGAUAUUGCAAACGGGUUACUGGCAGCAGGUUGUUGUUUUUAAAACUUGUCAGGUUUUUUCAUUGAAAGGGUAAGUGUGGAGAAAAGGUGUGAUUUUGAUAUCAACAAUGUUCUCCAGAUGCCGGAAAACCCCCCAAACAUGUGUGCGUGAGGAGCACCAAUCCUACCAAAAUAAAAUCCACCUGGAAGCAGCCUCUGCUACCCAGAGGUUACAAAGAACAACAACAUUAAUGGAAUUCAGUUGACAAAUUUAAAUGACUCACCUGGACCAGGUGGCAUUCACUGAAUAAUUAUUAAAGAACUCAAAAUGUGAAGUUGUUCAUCUUCAAGGUAAUUCUAAACCAAAAUGACUCUCAUACCACAGGGUUAAUAGCUAGUGGAAUGCUAAUUUCUAAAAAGGAUCUUUUAGGGUACAGUCUCAGGAAAUUACAUUUCUAUCAGCCUAGCUAUCUGACCCAGGCAAAUUGGUGGAAGCAGCAUUAUUAAAGCUAGAACUAUUAAAUGUGUAGCCUUGGAAGAAACAGCAUUAAAUCAAGCUUUAGUCAUUUUUUGGUCAGGGUUGGGAAGUCAACAAAGAUAUAGACUGGUGUGAAUUGGUUGAUAUUAUGGAGAUUUUUAAAGCUUUUGACUAUUAAAAGGUUCCUAAACAGCAAAACAUGGUAAUAUUCAAUGUAAAAGCAAAAUGAUGCCCACUGGAACAAAAAUAUAAUAAAAAUCCUAAAUUCCCCAGCUGAUGGUGAAUUGGCUGUAACUCCUCAGGAAAAAGAUAUGGAGUUCACAGUAGGGAAUUCAUUGAAAAUGUCAGCCCAGUGUGCUGUGGCAGUAAACAGAAUGUACAGUAUUAUGAACUAUUAUUAGGAAAGGGACAAAGAAUAAAGCAGCAAAUUUAUUUAUGGCAUGUUCAGUUUUGAUCUCUGCAUCUGAAAGGGACGACCACAGUACUAGGAGAGGUACAGAAAAAGGCAAUUAAAACAAUCAUUUUCCUUAAAUAGAAAGCGUAAAAAGAUGAAUGCAUUUGGGUUUAGAAAAAAGGUGUCAAAAGUAAGAGGUGAAAUUCUGUGUAUAGAGACAGUGAAUGGGGAGGCAUUCUCUUCCUCAUGAUACUAGAACUCAGGAUUCAUCCAAUGAAUGUUGGGUGGCAGUAGAAUCAGGACAGACAAAUUAAGUAAAACACAAUUAAGGAUGGAAUUAACAGUGAACAAGAGACCUGCAACACAAUAUUGCAGUGUAUCUUCCCUCCUUAAAGCGUGCACAGUCUUCAUUUGGUUGUUUUCUGUGGGAAGGUGCCCUCUUAGUUGUUGUUUUUAAAAUGUGCUUCUGCAAAGCAUGUAGAUCCCCUGAGGAUCCUGAUACCUCCUUUUUGUUUCUCAGUAUCUCUAUUCUAGCUGUAAUCCCGGCAGCACCCACCCGCUUAAUUCACUAUUAGAAGGAGCCAUAAAGAAUGCAUAGCUGGCACUGAAAAUAGCAGUCCUUCGUCUCAUUAUUAUCUGCACUAAUGUAUAAUAGUCCAAAAUGUACAGCAUUACUUUAUCAUGCUCCACUUCUCACCCCACACCUUGCAAGUGGCAGCCAAUUGAGUAGGAGGAGCAGGGAAACUGAUGAGUGUGGUUUUAUCGCACAUUACACAGCCCCUGUAUUAUGGAAAUUAUAAGGGAGAAUGGAGAAGAUGCAGGGCUGCUACAGCAUCAUCCACAUCCUCCCACCCUUAGUUAUGGAUUUUAUUUAAGCUUUUGUUUUUCAAGCCAAUUUAUAUAUUCAUGGGGAAUGGGUCUAUCCAGAACCACCCUUUCCUGGGACCUUAAGGUGAAGAGCAGGUAAAUAAUAUCAAUGGAGGGGGGCCCACCUUCACCAUUCUGCCUGUGAGCUUUUGUGGAUUACUUUGAGAUAAAGAGUACAGUCAUACCUCAUGUUACAUCCUCUUCAUGUUAUGUUCUUUCAGGUUACGUCCCACAGCGACCCGGAAGUACUGGAAAGGGUUACUUCCAGGUUUCGUCGCAUGCGCAGAAGCGCAAAAUGACAUCAAGCACAUGCACAGAAGUGGCGAAUUGCAACCCGCUUGUGUGCAGAUGCGCCGCUGCAGGUUGCGUUCUUUUCAUAUUGAGAACAGGCCUCUGGAACGGCUCCCGUUCGCAACCAGAGGUACCACUGUAUCAGAUGAGAUGGCCCACUGGUCUAUCAAAGCAAGGCAAUGCUUAAGAUUCUUAGCAGGAUUCAGACAGAACAUUUCAGACUCCCUCCAAUCCUUUCCCCAUAGGCCAUUUCCCCCUGUACUCUGGACCAGUUGUUAUGUUUGCUGCAGGGGGGGUUCCUCUGGGAAGAUGGGGCACUGCAUUUUGAAGACUUCCUGCCCUAUGUUUUCAAAGGGAUGUUUAUACUGCUGUCCCUUCCAAGUUAAUAAGCCCAGUGCACAUUGUACACAGGCAGUAGCAGGACCAGAGAAAGAAAAGAUGGCCUUGUUACCUGGAUUUCCUCCAGGACAGCUGGGCUAGGGUUUUAUUUACUGAAUUGCCAGAAAGCCAAAGGCCAAGAAAGACCAACCCUGCAGGAUGGGGCCAAGUGCAUCUCUGAUAUCCAUAUCCAAGCAAACAAGGGAAUGUCCCUGCCCAGGUAGAGUCUCCAGGAGAGGGAUGUUUCCCAUGCGUAUUUCCUGCCACUGUAUCAGUGGAAGUGCCAUGGCUACCAAGUCAUAGAGGAAUCUCUGCCGCAACAACAUAUGCAUUAAGCAGGCAUCCAUUCCCUGGCCCUUUUCUUCGAAUUGUGAAUAGUGCCAGCCAGGGAUGGGAGUAGACAGUUGUCUUGGAGCAGCUGAGAUUGAAGGUGAUAAGGAUUUUAUUUUAUUUACUCCUCAAUAAAUUUAUUCAGCAAUGCUACAUUACUUCAAUAAAUUUCUGUUAUGCCCUUUGCCAUAAACAACCUCUGAGUGGUUUACACAAAUAAAUGCAUUUAUUUGUUGUUAUUGCAUAUAUAUCCCACCUUUCCUCCAAGGAACUCAAGGCGGCAAGCAUGAUUCUCACAUCCUCAGAACAACCUUUGGGGUAGGUUAGGCUUGGGGAUGAUGACCCAAGUUCACUCAGUAGCUUCAUGGCUAAGUGGGGUUUUGAAGCCUGGAUUCCCAAGUCCUACUCCGACACUCUAACACACUGGCUCAAAAUCUAUAAACAACUAUAAACAAUUACAUAUUAAAACCAGUACAGUACUACCUCGGGUUACUGACGCUUCAGGUUAUAGACUCCGCUAACCCGAAAGUAGUUAAGAAUUUUGCUUCAGGAUGAGAACAGAAAUCCUACGGUGGCGGCGGCGCAGCAGCAGUGGAAGGCCCCAUUAGCUAAAGUGUUACCUCAGGUUAAGAACAGUUUCAGGUUAAGAACGGACCUCCAGAACAAAUUAAGUUCUUAACCUGAGGUACCACUGUAUUAGAAUCCAAAUCAAGGACUUUUUUAAAAAAAUGCAGGCCAAUGUGGAAAUGUGGAGAAGUGAAUUUAAGAUUGGAAAAAAUGAGAAUGUGAGAGGAAAUAAUGGACAGAUUCCCGCUGCCUACAUUUGCCAAAUAAAUUCUUCAGGGUCUCCAGUCUGAUCCUAUAUUAGCAGCUGAUGAGCAGUGCGUUUGUGAGAUGAGAAGAGAGGGGUAUCUUCAUCAUUUGUGGAGGAGAAAACAGAAAUAGGAAGAAUGAAGAGCUCGGCUGAAAUCCUAGGGGGCUCAGGGAUCCUGCAGUGGCCUGGCCUACCAGGCUGAAGGUGUAUUCAGGGCCACUCCAUCCAUUUUCCAAAGCCCGAGAGCUGUGCACAGAGUACUCCUUACAUGGGAUUCUGUGAAAAGUUAGCUUAUAGUGUUGUCUAAAAUUCAGGCAAGGACUUCUCCCACCCUAUGGCAAAUUUUUCUAGGCAAUAUAUUUAGGGUGUUUUCCCCCUUGUCCUCUGAAAUGGUAACAAGGAACAGUCAGAUGGGAUGGGCUUGUGCUUAAAAGGUAGCAAGGAAAUUUUAUCUGGGAGAGGAUUAACAGAUAGGUUCUGUUUUCACAGUUAGGGUCUAACUCGUCAUCAGGUGUAGGUAAUUUUCUCCCAGUUCCUAUUGGCUAACAAACCUGAGGCCCAGUGGUAUGUGCACAGUGACUUGCCUGACCUAUCAAGGUUAUUUGUUGUUGUCCUACGCACACUCCCUGGCCCCUUAUCUUGCGACACAUUGGUAGUAUGUUUGAUGGAGAUGAAUAAGUUGUUGCUUACAGUCACAAAGGCCCAAGGUUAUUUUGCAGAGGUUUUUAGCUUAGGAUCAUGAUUCAAUACUUGUGCCUCUGGUCUAUUUACACAAGAAGGGAAUCCCAGGGUGCUUGAGCCACACCCCAUUGUGCACAAUUGCACACUAUUGUUGCCAAUGAGAGGGAAUUGUUUUUUAAAAAAUGGGAAUGGAUGGAGAAGUGCAAGAGGGGUGAGUGCCCAGCAGGACACAGGUAGGAUGAGGUGGAUGAACUGCUUUCAUUUGUCCUCUGCCACAAGCCUUAGGAUUGCAGCCUUGGACUUCUGAUGUGAUUUAUACAGGAACUCAGCAGUAAGUUAUGGGACAUGCACUGAUUGUGGACAUUUUGCAGGCAUGAACAGUGCUGAAAGCAGAUUGCAUAUAACUGCCCCAUUGUGAGCACAAAUCAUAAUGAAUGCACAAUAGAAGACAUCUGAAGGGUCUCUGAUACAUCUGCUCUUCUGUCCACAGAUGGCUGGGUAUCAUCAUUAGUUCAGUUCUGUAUAUCACGUAUGAGAGUUAGCCUCAAACUUUUUAUGAACGUGAAGAGUGAACUGGGGAGUGGGGCACACCAGGACAUUUGAGUAGGUUUGCCAGAUCACAACCUGGAGAUCCAUACAACAAACCUCUAGAAUGUGAUCUGGCAAGCCUGGAUAGGAGUUGCUAAGUCACAAAAGAACAACACAGACAACACUAUAGGAAUACAGUACAAUGGAUUAUUAGGGACUACCAUGAGCCUGAGCAGCAGCCUCCCCAUUUAUCACCCUUGCCACCCAAAACAUGAUGGAUUAGCCUACCUUGGACCAAUUAAGUUUUUGCCAGUGUUGGCUGAGUUGUCAAAGUUAGGCAGCAGGCGAAAAAGGCAUCAUCUCUCUCUGAAGGCAGAUUCUGGUGGCCUUCUGAAAACAAUCCUGCUGUAGUGAUGUAGCCUUACACUCAUCAGUCAUCUUCUUCAGCAACUAAAUUUCAAGCACUUGCUUCACCUCUACCUCCUGUCUGAUAUGUCAGAACCCAGAGAACUCCCUCUGGUGCCAGGCAUGUAGGUCAAAACUGUCUCCAGAUGGCUCUGCAAAGCCAGCUUGGGGCUAAUGGUAGGAAGCCAGCUGGGUCAGGGAUAUCAAAUCUAGUACUGGAGGAAUAGGUGGCCCUAGGGGCCUAAGAGGAAGGGGGAAAGACAGAGAUACCUGUUGGUCUAAUGCUUGUGAUCAGAUUUCCUAUGUAAUUAUGGGUGUUGUUUGGGGGCAAUCCAAGAGGCCUAGGUCUUUUGCACCAGUUCUGGAUCUCCUUUCCCUUCCUCCCUCCUCUUCUUUUUAAACUUUAAAACAAUAUUUUGUGCAAAUUUUAUGCAUUGGCCUGUGCCCCCGAGUCCUUUAAGUACUUUGCAGUACAGUGGUACCUCGGGUUACAUACGCUUCAGGUUACAUACGCUUCAGGUUACAGACUCCGCUAACCCAGAAAGAGUGCUUCAGGUUAAGAACUUUGCUUCAGGAUGAGAACAGAAAUCGCGCGGUGGCGGCGCGGCAACAGCAGGAGGCCCCAUUAGCUAAAGUGGUGCUUCAGGUUAAGAACAUUUUCAGGUUAAGAACGGACCUCCAGAACGAAUUAAGUACUUAACCCGAGGUACCACUGUACAAUACUCCUGUUGGUAAUGCUCUCCAUCUUCCUUUGGCAAUGGACAGUGUGAGCAUGCCCUGUUGUUGCAUAUGUUGCAAGGCAUCCUGGGAAUCUCCCAACAAUAACUGAUAUUACCCCUAAGCUAUUUAUUUCUGUAAAGCCUGUAACAUAUUCUCUAUACAGCUAUCCUCCUGCUCCUUGACUUACCUCACAGACCAUUUCAUCUAACCCACAUUAAAGCAGGUUAGUUUUUUUGUUGUUGCCACCAUUGAGUUAUUUCUCUAGAAUUGGACUCUGUUUCUUUGUGAGGCAGAUGACCAGUGUUAGAGCACUAUGUAUAGUGUUGCAACAUUCCAGGCUAGAAGUGACCAAGACUUGUGUAACAGUGGGCAGAUCUGCCAGUUAGGGCAGCCCCCAAAUUUCCUGGAGCCGUUUUCACAAGGAAACCACCAAGAGUGGCCUAAAGAUCUUAAAAAACAAAUUUUCAUCUCCGGACAGGGGUGUAUCUGAAUUUCUCAAGUAGCAGCAGAUUCAGCAUAAAUAUAUACGCAACCUUCCCGUUCUGGAAGGAGAACUGAUGCAGCCUCUCUCCUUUACUGGCAACAACACAAGCUAAGAUUGAGGGUGAUACUGCGUUUUCAUUUAGAAUACUCUUGUUAUUGGCACCGAAAGUUCUUCUGCAAUACAAAAGCGUCGCUGCGUUUCUGCAGUUUAUCACAGCUGCAGCAAUUUCUGAAAGCAAAAAAGGCUCCCAACCCCCAAAUAAAGUUUAAUAAUAAUUAUCUAAGGAAAUUUAAGACGAAGGGUAAGGGGGAAUAACAGCAGAUAAUUGACUAAUUUGCUGAGGCAAAGAAACAGAAAAUGAGAUUGAAAUUGACUGGUAGAAAGCUUCUCUAUUAAAUGUUGUAUAACAUUUCACAGGUGACUACGUUAUGAUAAUUAAACCUUACAAGGUGCUAAUCUCUUAAACUGGUGCAUUUAAUGUGGAUAAGAGUGCUCAUCUAGCUUACUUCAGUUUGCUGGGAAUAUUAGCUCUCACCCAAACUUUCUAGCUCUCAUGACUAAUGCAUUAUUUUCUUUGUAUUUCUGUCUGAUCUUAACCUAUGAGCAGAUUACAAUGUAUUGUUGUUUUAUUCUAACAACAAACCCGUGAGAUAGAUCAAGUUUAGGUACAAUGACAGCCCCAUUCGCACCUACUAAGUUUUAUAAUAUGACAGGAAAUGUACACACUGCAGGUAGGCUCUUUUUUGCGAUUUCUUGGUUAUAUUUUAUUAUUAUUUUUUUAAAAAAAUCACAUAUACAUUCCAAUACAUAAUACUUUUUCUUUUGCUUUGUCGACUUCCCACCCCAUUUUCCUUGGUGUUUUUUAUUACUCCCCUUUGCUGUACCCUAGCUUCUCUCUCUUAUAUCAUAACAAUAAUACAAUAAUCUAUAAUUCCUUCUGUUGCUCAUAGUUCAAAUCCUGAUCAUGAAUUCAUCAUACUAUAACAUUUCUUUAAAUAGUCCAAAACAGGUUUCUGUUCUUCCACAAAGCAGAUUCUCUGAUUCUAGCUGUUAACUUUAUUUAUCCAUUAUUUAUUUAUCCAUUCUUCUUUGGUGGGAACUUCUUCCCUCUUUGUGCAUCGUUGCAGGUAGACCUCCUGUGGCCAGAGCAUGGAGGCAACCUCUGCCUCUGUAUGUUGCAGCUUGCUCUGUUCCCAUGAGCGAUACGUCCUUACUAGAACUGUGGCUCCAGCCAGGCGCUUUCUCACUGGGGUCUCCAGGGACCAAGGUCAUUAGCCUGCAAUACUAAUUAGAGUACGUUAGCCAAGCACAGAAAAGAGAGGCCACUCUGGCAGGGAAAACAUCAUUCAGAGUCACAGCUGGGUCAAGCAGGGAGACAAAUGGAUCCCCCCUUCCCUCUCUCUUUCCCUAUGGGGCAGGGCCAAAGGAGUGUGUCUGGGGCUGGAGGACACCAAAGGAGGUCCUGGGCAGUCCUGCAGCUUCCCUGAAGCAUUAGGAGGUGGCUGAGGACGGAGCUGGCCAGAGACCAGAAAACCCCUCUCCGACACAGCUGGGGUUGGGGGCAGGAAGAGGCUCCUCUGAGCCAGGAGGGUGAUCUGUCCAGCUGGGCUAAGGGGUGGCAGGGAGGAGACAUCAGGACAAACGGGAGCUGUUUGUACAGAGGAGGGAUCUAGGCCAGAGGUCUCUGCACUCAGCCUUUUGGAAGCCUGCAGCUCUUGUGGUGCAUGAAUGAGCCAGGCAUUCCAGUGCCUUCGGGGCAGGGGCUUCUCAGGCAAGGGAGGGACAAUUGUUUAUUUAUUUAGGUAAAGGGACCCCUGACCAUUAGGUCCAGUCGUGACCGACUCUGGGGUUGCAGCGCUCAUCUCGCUUUAUUGGCCGAGGCAGCCGGCGUACAGCUUCCGGGUCAUGUGGCCAGCAUGACUAAGCCACUUCUGGCGAACCAGAGCAGCGCACAGAAACGCCGUUUAUCUUCCCGCUGGAGCGGUACCUAUUUAUCUACUUGCACUUUGACAUACUUUCGAACUGCUAAGUUGGCAGGAGCAGGGACCGAGCAAUGGGAUCUCACCCCGUCGCGGGGAUUCGAACCGCCGACCUUCUGAUCGGCAAGCCCUAGGCUCUGUGGUUUAACCCACAGCGCCACCCGCGUCCCAUUUAUUUAUUUAGAGCAAUAUUAAAACACUAAAAUAAGGAGAAAUGUCCGCCUUCACCUUUGGGGAGAAGAAGAGUAGGACUGGUUCCUCACCCCCGCCAUCCCACUGUCUUUUGGAAGUGAUUCCUAUAUGAAGUACAGCCACUUCAGAGGGCUUGGGCUCCCUGGGGCAGUGAGCCAUGGGUCAACAACCAGGGGUACUCGCAAUCCAGUUGAAGAGUCUCUUCCUGUCAACUUUGAGCCCAGGAGCCUGGGCACAGUCUAAGAGAGGCAGCACAAGGGGGCUUGUUCCAGUGGUGGGGAAGGAGGUGGCUCAGCAACACGCAGGUGGGGAACUCUCUUAUAAAUCCUGGCUCCACAGGGUGGCAUUGGGGUGGGGUGAGGAUUGUCAGGUAGAGAAGUUUUCCAGUAGGGAUCAUCCCUAGGCAAGGGACCUGGGCCAAUGUGAUCUGGAAUCGCAAGAGCUGCCCACAUCCCCAGCAAAAACUUUUGCACACUGCUGCCACCAAGGCAAGGUUCAUCAUGACAGACGCAUCUGUCUGUCCUACUAUCUAAAUAUGGAGAAAGCUCAGCCCAGGAGCGAAAGCAGCAUCUGGCGCUGCUGGCUUCCUGAUCAAUGAGCUUCCCAGCUCCCAAACAGAAGCAGCAAUUAGGGACUGCUCUAAGGAAACAUGAUUUCCCAGGGCUAAAAAUAACCGCACAAGGAGGGGAGGAGGGAUAGAGGGAUAGUCCUGGGAGCAGCCCUCCAGACUAUGGGCUGGUUACUGUCCCUCUGACAAGCUCUGAAAGGUUUCAAAAUGUCCCUUAGAGAUAGGGGGAAUUGGACAUGCGCCACUCACUCCUUCCUGACCAGUCAAGCUCUAGCUUUGGCUCUCAGGAUGCUCUUUUUGGAGCACCAAAAGUAUGCAUUUCCAGAAUGAAGUGCAGAAUGAAUCUAGAGCAGAAUCUUGAAAGCACAUGUUUGAGAAUCCAAAAACUGGGGUGUAUCCAAAUGCCAGAACUUCUUUUAGUGCUACAAAUCAGUAUGCUCUCCAAAUGCUUUCAGACAACCACCACCAAUUUUUAUGUACUUUAUUAUUAUUAUUAACUCCAAGACUAGGAGUGUUUUGCUAGUUCCAGCCUUAUUUCUUGGAAAUUGCACGUGGUGCAAUCCUUAUGGGACUGAUGAAAUUGAGAAAGCAGCAAUAAAAUUUCGAGGUUUUCCAUUUACACCCAAGAACACUAGCAGAGUAGCACAGAGGAGAGCAUGGGAGGUUAGCUGGAUAAAAUGGCAGGGGACGGGGCAAGGAUCACACACAAGCCACAUCCAUGAAUGCCACCUGAAAACUGGGUAAGGCAGCAGUGCUGCCUGAAUGUUUUGUGCUGCCGUUGCAAUGUACAAUGUAAGAAUGGCUGCCUAUGAGCCGACAGUGCAGAGAAACGUAGAGGAACUUUAGAAGGAAUGUUGCCUGCAUUCUCCAAAAUAAGUGAGCAAAUGGUGCUUAUAUGGAAGAAAAGUCUUGUUUGUGUUGAAGCACACUUCCAUUUGUGAUUUUGUAAUGGACUUGUUAACGGGAUGCGGGUGGCGCUGUGGGUUAAACCACAGACCCUAGGACUUGCUGAUCAGAAGGUCGGCGGUUCGAAUCCCUGCAACGGGGUGAGCUCCCGUUGCUCGGUCCCUGCUCCUGUCAACCUAGCAGUUCGAAAGCACGUCAAAGUGCAAGUAGAUAAAUAGGUACCGCUCCAGCGGGAAGGUAAACAGCAUUUCCGUGCGCUGCUCUGGUUCGCCAGAAGCAGCUUAGUCAUGCUGGCCACAUGACCCGGAAGCUGUCUGCGGACAAACACCAGCUGCCUCGGCCAAUAAAGCAAGAUGAGCGCCGCAACCCCAGAGUCGGUCACGCCUGGACCUAAUGGUCAGGGGUCCCUUUACCCUUUACCUUUAAUGGGCUUGUUAGUUUUUGAACUAUCCUCAUAGUCCAAAGGCACUACAAUUGUCAGGACAAAACUAGACAUGACACCAACGAUCUAGGAACUGGAUCGCCUGUGUUUGGUUUCUUUUUAACUACUGUGGGAGAGAGGCAAAAUGGAUCAGCGCCGCAGUGCUUGGGGAGGGGUUUUCAACACUGAUCCCCCAUCCUCCCAUAUCAUUUUUAUGACUGAGCCCCCUGCCCACCCCAAACUGGAGUAUUCAACAACAGGUACUUGACGCAACAAUAGAGCCCCACAUCUCAAUCACCUAACGUCACUAUGGCACCAGAUGACCCUCGCCCCCUCUUUUUGCCCACAUGUCCAUGCAGAGAGCUCUGCAAUUUAUGCCCAAGUGCCAAUAGUCAGCUGAUUGUUGGGGCUCACAUAGCGCUACAAACAGAACUAUGAAAGCCCUGACAAUCAGCUGAGGCCAUCACUGCCCUGACUCCUACCAAAGGAAUUUCACAUUUUGAAAAACAAUUCUGAAGUUGUAUAUUGCCACAACCUAUCCCAGGAGUAGGGGAGCUCAAGUGCUAAAUGCAGCCCUCCAGACCCCUGUCUUUGGCCCUUGGGAUCCUCCCCAGCCCACAACCCUCACCGGCCCUGCUUUGCACCCUCCAUGAGUAAUAAUAAUAAUAAUAAUAAUAAUAAUAAUAAUUUGUUAUUUAUACCCCGCCCAUCUGGCUGGGUUUCCCCAGCCACUCUGUGUGGCUUCCAACUGAAUAUUAAAAACAGUACAGCAUCAGACAUUAAAAACUUCCCUAAAGAGGGCUGCCUUCAGUUGUCUUUUAAAAGUUAAAUAGUUGUUUAUUGCCUUGACAUCUGCUGGGAGGGCGUUCCACAGGGCAGGCGCCACUACCAAGAAGGCCCUCUGUCUGGUUCCCUGUAACCUUACUUCUCGCAAUGAGGGAACCGCCAGAAGGCCCUCGGCACUGGAUCUCUGUGUCCAGGCUGAACGAUGGGGGUGGAGACGCUCCUUCAGGUAUACAGGACCGAGGCUGUUUAGGGCUUUAAAGGUCAGCACCAACACUUUGAAUUGUGCUCGGAAAGGUACUGGGAGCCAAUGCAGAGUGGCUUUGCCCAGCCGGAAUGUGUCCUUGCACUUUGAUAAUGCCUCUUGGUUGUCUGGGUAGCGAACAGAGAGGGGUGUGUGAAGGUAGACACUAGCCUACUGUACAGAGGAACAGAGAGGGGUGUGUGAAGGUGACUAGACACUAGCCUACUGUACAGAGGAAUUGUUUAUAUUCAUUGCUCUGCCCUCUUUGGCCUCAGGCCCUGCCCAGCACUGGAAUGUGGCCCCAUGGAAGUUUGCUGAGAAGGGAAUUUGGCCAAUGGCCUCACAAAGCUCCUCCACCGCUGGCCUAUUUUUUUUAUGUUGCCAUUUCUCUAUCCCUCUCUAUAUCAUAACAAAUAAAAAAAUUAAAAAUUCUCCAGUUCUCCAAAAUAAGCUUUUGUGUGCAUGCACACACGAAACAAACUUAGUUGGUCUCUAAGGCGCUACUGGACAAUUUUUUAAUUUUUUUAUUUAUAUCAACUGCAUCAGACCAACACAGCUACCUACCUGAAUCUAUAUCAUAACAGUGGGGGUCCUGUGAGUUCUGUGUAGAUUCUGUAAAUACUGGCAAUCUGGGAAGUAGCCCUUGGGAAAGUAAGCCCUCCAUAUGCAGGGAUCUUUCCAUUGUUUGUUGCCCAGCGCAUGCUGAAGAAUGGACCUAGUGGAUCACGAGGAGCCUUUCAUUCUAGGGCAGAACAGGCAUUUUUAGGCCAAGUGCUUAUUUUUGGCUUCGCAGGACAGCCGGAAGGUCACUCUCGCAAUCCCAGCAAAGUUCCGGCCGCAUCUGGGCCAAAGGCAUGGCCCGUCUGUUCCAAGGCACACGGCAAGAAUACUUGGUUUGUGUCCGGAGCACUGUGAUCCCAUUCAGGAGCCCUUUAACCAGAUUAGAGAGGGAUUGAAGGAUUUAGCUCUGGUGUGAAUCUGAGUUUAUCCCGGAUGGGUUGCCAACACGGCGGGCAUUGCCCAACAGCCGCCUACAAGGACACACAGCAGUCUUUCAGCCAAGGAGUCGAGCCUUCUGAACACAUGGGGGCCUUUGUCGGCAGUAGGAUGAAGGCUGUGGGGUUAGGAGGCAACAACAUCCCUGGGUUCAUCCCUGGAGGAGAUCCCUGGAGGGCGUUAAUGAUUAACAGCCUGGUUGGCCUUAAGCUGGGCUAUGCCAGGAGCUGUAAACAGACCAGGGGCAACGCUACUGGCACAUUCCCCCUCGUUCCCUCCCCCUAUGAAAUGUUUUCCUAGACACGGACUGCUGGGGAGAAGUUGACUCUGUAUCAGGAGAGUCCCUGCUGGCAGGAGCGCAGGAAGUGUCAUGGUGAUGGAAUGCACAAGCCACUGUCCAUGAGCAGAUCAGGGCUCCAGGCAUUGGGGCAUGUGUCCUCUUCAGCAAGCCUCAUCUCACCCACCAUGCAACGCGCAGACAGCCCUACCCUCCUUCCCACGUGCGCUGCCUACUGCAGACACCAUACACACAGACCCCUGGUACCUCGGUGUGGCAUUCUGUCGCUGCCUGCACCACCCCACAGACGGCACAGCUACUGCCCUUUGCUGGAUCCCUGCAGACAGCACAACGUCAGAACCACCAGCACAAUCCUACUGGUUUUCUGGAUCCCAGAUACAUUGGCUGAGUGUACUGCCUACAUUCAAAGCACCUUUUCACAGACACAUCCCAAAUCCAGAGAACUGUCGUCUACCCCUUACAGAGAUACAAUUACCCUCAUCCUUAACAAACUACAGUUACCAGGAUUCUUUCGAGAAGGGGAAUGUGUUUUAAAUGUAUGCUGUGUAUGCAACCAUUAUUUCCAGAACUCUUUGCUAUCUUCCCCACUCCCCACAUUUCUGUCUCCCUCUCUCUUUCUCUCUCUCUGUCUCAUACACCUGCCUUCUAAUCCAAAGUACUGCUGUUUUCUGGCCACAAGGCAAGGCUAUUUUGCCAAUCAAUACCAUAGACAGAGGUGUCCUGUGAGAGGGCUCAUCCUAUCCCCAAAGGCACCCAUGUUUCCCUUUGCUAGUACCUUGGAAGUCGAACGGAAUCCGUUCCAGAAGACCAUUCGGCUUCCAAAACAUUCAGAAAUCAAAGCACAGCUUCUGGUGGGCUGGAGGAAGCUCCUGCAGCCAAUCUAAAGCCGCGGAAUCCCCAUCAGAUAUUUGGGUUCCAAAGAACAUUUGCAAACCAGAACACUCACUUCCAGGUUUGUGGGGUUCGGGAGCCAAAACACCCCAGUACCAAGGCAUUUGGGAUCCAUGGUACGACUGUACAAGAGAUCCACUGUCUAGCCUAGCUAUGCAAAGGCUUUGGGAUUCUUUUCUCGUGCUCUGUUGUUUUGGGCUACCUGCUGCUCCCCAGCACUGGCUGCAGACUUUGGCAAGCUUGCCUGUGGGGCAGGGAAGUCUCUGCAUGCUGGUGCUCUGAGGAGACGAGCAAGAAAAGGGCAGCCCCCCUGUGCUGCAUUGUAGUGGAUCAAGUCUCCCUGGGUACUUGGCCUGCACCCAAAUCCAGCCCUGAAAUAGCUCCCCACCCCUAAAGAGGCUCCUGUUACAGUGACUGGCAUCUGAAGCAGCCCCCUAGAUUGGGCGUCCUCAAUUCCUCCUGGCUGCAGUGAGGGUCAGAAGGUUCCCCGCACCAACCAGAGGCAGGGUCAAACCACCACCAAGCACCUGAUCUGGGCGGAGGCUGCGGUGGCCAUAUUCACUCCUAGCAGGUCCCUGUCAGCCCAGAAUUUCCUGGCACUGGACAGCCUUCCUGGAUGUAGCCCAACAAACCCAGUUGCAGAGUGCGUCAUCCACCUUGGGGCCAGGGUACUGGAGCCGAGAGUUUGCAGAAGGGCAGACUUAAGUGCUCCUCUUUUCUCCUUCUAUCUUAUCCUUCGCAGGGCUCUGCUAAAUCGGCCGCAGGACGUUCUGUAGGCAGCCAGCAGCUCUGGGAACAUCCCAAUGUGGCUUUGCAGCCCUGCAGAGGGAUGUCCCAACCACGUCUUCUCAGUAUCCUGCUGGCACUGGUGGUGUGCCCUCAGGUAAGGGCCUUCGUCCCCAACCCUCCCCAGCCCCUCUCCAUCCCAGGCCUGAGAGGCACAUAUAUAUCAGGCCGGUCCUCCUUUCUGCUGUCUUUUUUCCUUCAGGGACCCUCAGCCCAGAUCAUGGACUUCCUCUUUGAGAGCUGGAAGGCCUAUAGCGAAGAGUGCUACCACAACAUGAGCCUUCUGCCACUAUCCACUGGUGAGACAAGCGCCCCCUGGAGGUUGGGAAUCAGAGCACUGAAGUCACGGGUGGGGGCAAGGAGGGGGUUGGACAUUUAUCACUCUGAAGUGCAAUGGACAUUUAAAGGCACUGGUCAGUUUUUCCACCCAGCUGCUUUUCUUGCUUGUUUGUUUGUUUAAGCUCAGCCUCCUUGCUAGGCAAUGAGCAGCUGAGUGCUGGGACCACAUGCAUCUGUGCAUGCUGUGGAAACGAGACAAGAAUUUUGGAAGCUUAAGGGGCAUAGCAAACUGCCUUACACUGAGUCAGACCACCAUGCUAGCUUGGUAGAGUCUAUACCAGGUGUGGUGAACCAAUGGCUCUCCAGAUGUUGCUCAGCUGCAACUUCCAUCACCCCUGUCCAUUGGCCAUGCUUGCUGGGGCUCAUAGUCGUAGUUCGACAACAUCUGGAGGGCCAAACGUUCCCCACACACUAGCAGUGGCUCUCCAGGAUUUCAGACAAGGCAUCUUUCACAGCCCUACUUGGAGAUGUCAGGGAUUGAACCUGUGGCCUUCUGCAUGCAAAGCAUUCUCUCUACCACUAAGCUACGGCCCUAUGCCAAGCUUGAGGGAGAAAAUGAGCUACCUACAGUGCUGGGUCCCAGAGGCAAGAGUUGUUUCAUAAAUCAGCAUACGCAAAAGAUGAGGGUUCUUUUUCUUUUUCCUCAAGAAGUUGCUGUAAAAACUGUUUCAGACAGCAGUAGAGCACAAAGAGUAGGCUGAGGCAGAGUGGAGGUGAGGUUUGUGGAUGAAUUACUAGGCAGUUGUGUGUGCAGACACAUGCAUGUGAAGCUGGCAACAAGGGUCCCAUAUGUGUCCCAAGGGCAAAUUCUGCUGGUUGAUGAAACACGUGAAGGACAUGAACGUGGGGAAAGUUUCCUAAUUAAAGAAAGAGUGAAAAAUAAGGACGAAGCUGUACACAUAUUCAGACACACAUAUAACCCGCUGUUACUACCACCGUAUCACACGCAGAUCCUAAGUUUCCUCCUCUCUUUGACAGAGCUGGUCUGCAACCGAACCUUUGACAAGUACUCGUGCUGGCCUGAUGCACAGCCCAACAGCACUGUCAAUGUUUCCUGCCCCUGGUACCUGCCCUGGUACGACCAAGGUGCGUGCACUGGGGGGAGAAGCAGACUGGAAUGGGCCUGUGCCCUUGGCAGGGGGGAAAAGGAAGGAAGUGACAUGGGAGAGUUACUCAGGGCCCAGCCACACUUUGCCUUAAGUCCAUACCUCUUUGCGCCAUUUUCAAUUUGGUCCAGGCCUGGGUGUUCCCACUUGUGAUUUCUGCCUCUGCUUUCCCUUGAAACCCCAUGUUUUCCUGUUCAUGCUUCCUAUAAUCAAUAGUCCGCUUUUAAAGUUGUCUCCACCUUCAGUUCCACUCACCUGUGGCAGAGAGUCAGAAAAUCAGAAAAGCCAGAUACUCAGGAAACUGGAUAAUCAGAUAAUCAUUCAACAUGCACAAAAGGGGCCAGGACAUUUCCACUACAGUGGUACCUCGGGUUAAGAACUUAAUUCGUUCCGGAGGUCUGUUCUUAACCUGAAACUGUUCUUAACCUGAGACACCACUUUAGCUAAUGGGGCCUCCUACUGCUGCUGCACCGCCGCUGCACGAUUUCUGUUCUCAUCCUGAAGCAAAGUUCUUAACCUGAGGUACUAUUUCUGGGUUAGCAGAGUCUGUAACCUGAAGCGUCUGUAACCCGAGGUACCACUGUACAGGGAUGGUCCAUCCCAUUUCACCACCUGAGGUGAAACAGAAAUGCGCUGUUCCCUGCUCCCCAACUUUCACUGUUGCCAGAAUGCCACCUUCAAAGCACUGCCACUCAUCUUUCCCACCCCGUGGGGGUGGGGAGUGGCAAUGCAAUGCACAGGAACACCACUUCCUUGCCAAGUUUGGUGAGAGCCAAGGCAUUCCAGGUGUUGCUGCUCGUCUUCUCUACCCCAGGAGAUGCCAUGCACCAGAACAUCUCUUUUUUGCCAGUGAGAGAGGGUUGUUCUAGCAGUGGCAGAAAUGGUGGGGCAGGCAGGGUGCCUCCAAAGCACUUUUGCCAUCUGAGGCAGGUGCUUCACCCCGCCUCAUUGGUGAGCCGGCUCUGUUCCAAUACAUAUUACAGUGGUACCUUGGUUCUCAAACUCAAUCCAUUCCUGAACUCCGUUCAACUUCCAAAACAUUCACAAACCAAGGUGCAGCUUCUGAUUGGUUGAUUGGCCAUGGAAACAAUGCCGACAGCAGAAACGGAUGAUCAGCUUUCGAAAAAUGGAUGCAAACAGGAACACUUAUUUCCAGGUUUGCGGGCUUCAGGAGCCAAUUUGUUUAUCAACUAAGCCGUUCAGGAACCAAGGUACCACAGUAUUUAAUACGUAUUAUUACAGGCAGAAAAUAAAGCUGCCUUUGGAACCAUUGCAACCAAUAAAAGCAAACGAAUUGGGACACACAGAUUUUGCACAUACAUCACUUGAUCACUGUUUUAAUAUGAGCACCAAACAAGGAAGAGUAAACUAAAAAAAAAAACAUUUUAAGCAUGUUGAGGAAACUAGAAGUGGGGUGCUCGAAGCUGGGGAGACAACUGGAAAAAUUAUCCCACAGGGGUAGGCAGGGAGAGAAGGAAAGGAGGUGGGAGCAGACUUCCCACAAAACAGCUUCCUGGAAAGCAUGCAGAAUCCAAUUCAGGAACUAUUUUAGGACUGGUUCAGAAGAGAGACACAUUUUUCUUUGGGUUUUCCUCAUGACAUUUGUUCCAGUUCAGCAGUAAACAACAGGUUUCCCCAGGGAAAGUGGUGGGACAAAGCAAAAACCUAUGGACCUGUUAUAACAGAGUGAUACAAAAUACUAGAAAUCACGGGACAAACGAAAGUGUGGCUGAGCCCUAAGAAGGGGAAAUAGACAGGAAAGGAAUGAAGAGGGAUCGGGAUGAUAAUAAACUAGAGGAUGAGGGAAAAGUACUGAGGGUGCAGGAGAUGGGGACUGUGGGAAGGCACAGAGGAAUAACAACAAACGGUCAGAACAAGUAUAGGGUGGAGUUAUAAUAAUAAUCCUAAUAAGAUCACAAAGGAUAAGGCAAUCAGUGACUACUAGCCAUGUUCUGACUUCAUGGACAGAGGCAAUAUGCCUCUGAAUACCAGUUGCUGGGAAUGACAAGUGGGGAGAUGGUUGUUGCACCCAGGUUCUGGUUGGUGGGCUUUGUGUAGACAACUUUGCAAUCGGGAUGCUGUGCCAGAUGGGCCUUCUGAUUCAGUCGAGUUCUUCUUCCUCUUGCCUUAUGCCAGGCUUCCUCAAACUUGGCCCUCCAAAUGUUUUUUGGCCUACAACUCCCAUGAUCCCUAGCUAGCAGGACCAGUGGUCAGGGAUGAUGGGAACUGUAGUCUCAAAACAUCUGGAGGGCCGAGUUUGAGGAAGCCUGCCUUAUGCCUUCAUUCCCUACAGUGAAGCAUGGCUAUGUAUUCAAGAAGUGUGACCCAGAUGGACAAUGGGUGACCACCCCCGAAGGGAAGUCGUUGCGUGAUGCUCAUCAGUGUGUGAUGAACAACGAGACCAUCUUAGAGCAGGUGAGAGCAUGGCUAUCUAAAUGAGUCCUGGGGGCUGUCUGCAAGAACAUUCCCCGCCUCCGUUGACUCCACUGACUUUGUACUCAACGUACUAUACCCAUUUUAAAGAGCAGAUAGAUUACCAGGAUUAGUACCAUCCCUUUGGGGCCUCAAAUUGUCUCUUUCCUCUCUUUCGACUUCCAGGAGUGGUUUGCUAAGAUCUACGGGAGCUUCAAGGUGAUGUACACGGUUGGCUACUCGGUGUCACUCUGCACUUUGAUCCUUGCCUUGGCUGUGCUGCUGGGCUUCAGGUGCCUUGGGAACUGGCCUGGGAGGGGUGGGGGUGAUGGUGAUGGGGGUGACCACAUUGAGGGGCAGUGCCCAAAGCGGUGAGGGGGAGGGAACCGUGAAGUGGGAUAGUAAGACCAGAUUUCAUUUGGUCCUCCUAGAAGGAAGUGGAAUGGCUGUAGGUCCGCCUGGAAAGAAGUGAGAUGACAGCUCAGUUGGUUAAAGCAUGGUGCUGAUAAUGCAAGGUUGUAACUUUGAUCCCUGUAUGGGGCAGCUGCAUAUUCUUGCAUUGCAGGGGGUUGGACUAGAUGAUCCUCAGGGUCCCUUCCAACUCUACAAUUCUAUGAUCCUAUCUGGUUGGGUGGAGAUGGAGCUCUUUUAAGUUGGAAGGGAUCCGUCCACACUGGAGAUGCUGGGAAUUGCUCUUUACAUAUUAACGUCUUUGGCAGAAACCAACACUUUGCAUGCUUUCUGACCGAGUGAGACAAAUUACAUACAAUGCAGUUUUGUGUUUCUUUAAAAAUAUAUUUUAUUAGAGAAAGUUGAGGUGGAUUCAUUCAACCCUCUUUUUUCACCACAAGCUUGUUGCUGCUGUUUUACAUUUACUCCGUUGGGUUGAUCCAUUUGGAUCCCUAAUCGCACGGCAGGUUCAGCAAGUGCACACAUUGAGAAUACAAAUUAAUUUACCUGUCUCCAAAAAAGUAUAAGAUCAGGAGUGUCACAGGUCUCUCUGCUAGCAGGCACCAGAUAAAAAUUAUCCCUGUGGUAGAGAAAGCAGCCAUGUCAGAAUGCAACUUUGGGAAGUACGGUAUGCAUGUUGCUGUGUACUUGUGAUGAGAAUAUAUGACUGUGUGGGUGUGUACUUACGUCAGUUGAAUGAAGUGUGUAUGUGUGUGUGUGUGUGUGUGUGUGAGAGAGAGAGAGAGAGAGAGAGAGAGAGAGAAUAUGGCCCUAUCUGCACUAUAUAUUUAAAGCAGGAUCAUACCCCUUUAAACUUCCCUGGUUCUCCCCAAAGCUGUAGGAUUAAGGAGUUGUAGGAUUAAGGAUGCUGAUAGAUAUUAGGAGACCCCCUCCCAGAACUACAAUUCCCAGAGCUCCCUGGGAAGAGGGAUUGAUUGUUAAACCUCUCUGGGAGUUGUAGCAUUGUGAAGGGAAUAGGGGUCUCUUAACACCACCCCUAACAAAGUGCCUUCCUGGGUCACGUUGGUCUGGAUUUAAUUAAAAUAUUUUCUGGUCAAAAUCUGCAAAAUAUUUCCAGAUUGGCCAGGAGCUCGUGGUAAGCCACACGACAGUUCACGAGAGAGCAGAGCAUGGGUGAAUGCGUAGGUGUGGAAUGAGGAGCAGAGUGGAGAACACAAGGCAUGGAGGAGCGGGGUGGGGGUUUAGUACAGUGGGGUGAAAGAGAGAGAUCAGGGUGCAAGGGCUGGGAGGAAGAUCUGGGAGAGAGGCACUGGCUGCAUGGUGCUGGCCAUGCUGGACAGGCGUUGUUGACAAGCUCCCUGCUCUCCAGCAAGCUGCACUGCAUGCGCAACUACAUCCACAUGAACCUCUUCGCCUCCUUCAUCCUGAAGGGCAUCUCGGUGCUUAUUAUCGACAAGCUGCUCAACACUCACUUCAACCAGAAGAUUGACGACUACAGUGUGGGUCUUUGGCUGAGUGAUGAGGUGAGUUAAACAUUCCUGGUCCCCCCCCCUUUUUUUUUUUACACUUGCUUAAUUUUCAUUUCCUUUGUUCCCUUUCCCCAGGGAGCAUGAAGGUUCAGUUGAUUCGCCUCUGCACCACACAUAAACAAUUAUGGUAACCCAACAACCCCUGCCUACACUACUUGGUAGCUACACACUAGGGCCCACUCCCAAGUAGCUGUUUUCACAUACAAAUUCACAAGAGCCAGCAAAUAAGGGGGGAAAGGCAUAGGAUGUUUUCUCAGAGCUUUCACGAUGCUUAAGUCAGCUUGUAAUGCAUCCAUAAUGUCCCGUUUAAAACCUAAGUUUGGCGACUACCGUAUUUUUUGCUCUAUAAGACUCACUUUUUCCCUUCUAAAAAGUAAGGGGAAAUGUGUGUGCAUCUUAUGGAGUGAAUGCAAGCUGCGCAGCUAUCACAGAAGCCAGAACUUUCACUGCACAGCGAUCCCUCUUGCUGUUCUGGCUUCUGAGAUUCAGAAUUUUUUUUUCUUGUUUUCCUCCUCCAAAAACUAGGUGAGUCUUGUGGUCUGGUGCGUCUUAUAGAGCAAAAAAUAUGGUAUAUCGUUUCUCUGAUGCAUCCAGUCAUGAGUUAAUAACAUACCCCCAGAGUGCAAGAGCAAUUUCUAGUAUCUGGAAUUAAACUGCUGGAAGGCUGGACCGUGUGGGCUAAGCCCUGCUUCAAAUGAAGCCAUGCCAAUAGCAUCCCCAAUAGCACCUUCUUCAACCCUCCUCUGGUUCAGUACUCACCUUCACUCAUGGUUAUGGGAACCAGAAACACCAUGCUUUGCUGUCACCAAGCAGCCUGAACCAGCUACAUUUCCAAACUUGAUCCAAGCCAUUGCCUCGUUGCCAAGUCCUACGCAUUACUGCCACUUGAGACCUCCUGUACUGGUGGCUUUUGUUUUUAACGUACCAACCACAAAACUAGGGAGAGUGGCAAACUGCUGCCCCCAUGAAUCUGCCUGCUAAAGGGACAUGUCCACUUUGUGUUGAAGCUGAUCCAGGGGUUGGGUUGUAGAGUGGGGUAGGGUGGGGGAGGAGAGCUUCUCGCUGAGAGUUCCUGGACUUCCCUUGCCCUUCUCACUGACCCCUUGCCAUUCCCCCAGGCAGCAGCCAGGUGCCGGGCAGCCACGGUGUUCAUGCAGUACGGCAUUGUGGCCAACUAUUGCUGGCUGCUGGUGGAGGGGCUCUACCUGCACAACUUGCUGGUGUUGGCCGUCUUCUCCGAGCGCAGCUACUUCAGCCUCUACCUCUGCAUCGGCUGGGGUGAGUAUAUGCAGGGUUGCCAAGGCCCUGGAAAGGACGAGUGACUGAGUGUCAGAGGCACCUUCGCUGGAGCAGAAACAGCAGGGCGAGAGUCACUGAGGGUGGCAGGGAAGGAGAAGCACUGUGGCUGGAGAUUGCACUAAUCUGCACUGUUUAUUAUGGCAGAGGUGGGGAAGCUCCAGUCCAUAUGAGCCAAAAUGGUUUCCCUCGAAAGACGUCAGGUGUGGGGCAGGCAGAGAUGCGGCUUGACCAGGGGAUGUGCUGAUGGGCGGUGACUUCACGUCUGCUGAUUAAUAGCACUUCAAAGAAAUUUGGCUUGUGGGGGGUAGGGGAGAUAAGGCCAGGAUUCCCACCUUUAUGUUAUGGGGACGGGGCAUAUGACCUUGUCUCAGAGUUAUGGGAUGGGGAGAGUGUGACACAGAAGGUAAUGAUGGUGACAAUGGUCAGUGUUGGAUCCAGAGCAGGCUGUCCUGUGACAUUUGCCGCUGUAGGCAAAUCACCCCAGCAACACCCCUACCUCCAUGAUGACACCCCCUCUGCAGAUCCGGGGGGCCCUGCCCCCUGCCAUACGUGCACUGCAGCCAGCCCCACCACUACAGCAGGGCUGGACUUGGGUCUUUCAAAUUUCAGUGGCGCUCUGUAUGAGGCCAAAAUUCAUCACACACCCCCUUCUCUUGCUGCUCAGUUUACCAUGUUAUACAGUGGUACCUCGGGUUAAGAACUUAAUUCGUUCUGGAGGUCUGUUCUUAACCUGAAGCACCACUUUAGCUAAUGGGGCCUCCCUCUGCCACUGUGCCGCUGCUGCACGAUUUCUGUUCUCAUCCUGAAGCAAAGUUCUUAACCCGAGGUACUAUUUCUGGGUUAGCGGAGUCUGUAACCUGAAGCGUCUGUAACCCGAGCUACCACUGUAGUUGCAAGCCCUGCUGCAUCCCCUAGGCUAAGCACCCAGUAUGGUGGAACCAGUCACGCUGUCCUAAAUCCAUCUCUGACAGCACCUGCACCUGCAAUGCUGCCAUGAUGCAGUGGCAGCAGUGAGGCUGCAGCAAUGAGGGCACAGUGGCAGUGGUCUGUGGCAGUGGUACAGACAAAGCCCCGGCAGGGCUGGCAGCAGCACAGUGGUGGGGCCCAGAGUGUCAUUUCAGUGGACUGAAGGACUCUUAAUGUUUGUGGAAGGGACUGAGAUCCAUCAGAAGCUCCCACUGGAGGAAGGGGGAAAGGGUCAUUUUUGCCUAUUUCACCCCUUCUCUUCCCCCUCUCACUGUUUUAGAGGAUCCCCUACGCCUUCAGUUGUUCAGAGUGCGCAGGGGGGCUUCAGAGGGAAAGAGGAACUGGCAAACAUCACCUGCCCCCUGCCUCCAGCAGGAGUUUCCUGUGAAUUGAGUUGUGCUCACAGAAACUCUGAGUCCAAGGCAGAUAAUGCCUCAUUGCUUGACCAACACAGUGCCAUUUUACCCAGAGUUUAUUCCUCUAAGUAACAGAGGUGCCUUUGCUUUACUUUUCUGUACAUUUAAAAAAAGAACUUUGGAAGAAUGAUAGCCUCCACAAGCCCUCCUGUGGGUGAAAGGCCUAGAUAUGCCAUUGAAUGAGCAUGUUGCUUGAUCAAUGGCUUUCUGCAAUCACUGUCUUUAAAUGGCAAGAAUUAGAUUAUAAAGUCCCAAGUGCUCCUUUAUCUAGAGCCUUCCUGAGUAAUUUUUUGUCUAUUAAAAUCUUGCAUGUUCAGACUUUGCAAUAGUUUCAGAUUAGCUAGGAAUUGUGAGGUUCUGGUGAAGCCAGCAUUGAGCAUCCCUACCUUACUAUUUAUUUCCUCUAAAAAGAGAAAAUCAAGAUAUGCCUGCUUGAAUGUCAGAUUUGACCCUUGUGACUACCAGCUACCUACUAAAUAGCUGCCUUCUUUCUUUCUGAGCGUGAGAGACUAAAGGGCAAGCAAGACGUGUUAUGAAUGAUGCAUGGGCUGCAAUUGAGAAGAGCAACAGCAUAUUCUCUCUCGGUUUUCCUGGUAAACAUCCAGUAAAAGAUAGAUGGAUGUGAUGUCAUCAUUCUCAGAGUUUGCCAACCCUAGGGAUGAGUGAAUCAGUCUGUUUGCAGCCUGUGUCACUUUUGCAGGCAUUCUGCAAGAACACAUUAAGCUGCAAUUUUAAAACAUAAUAAUUCCACGUGACAAUUCACAUUUCUUCCCAUACAAAUAGAAGCAUAAGGCUGCUGUCACGCUGGAGUUCACAUGGCAGCCAGGCCAACUCCAGCAUAACAGCAUGCAGGUAAGUGGGCAAGCAGGCCAUUUGGCAAGUAAGCAGCGUGGGUGGAAAGCGGCCCAGGCAAGGUGUUGAACAGAAGGGAAGAAGUGGUCCACAGAGAGGUUUGACAAACCGCUCUCUGAAACAUCUGUCCCGCUCUGUUAAACAUGGCUACAGCAAGGUUUAACAGGGGGCAGGGGCUUCAGAAAACAGCUCUCUGAAGUGCCUCAGACUUUCUUACUUUAAAAGGUGGGGUUGGGGUGAGCUGUGAGGGGGGAAAGGAGGGGUGUGGGAUAAGCAGGAGGUGGAGCUGUUAGGUGGGGCAGGGGUUUGGGGCAAGCUGUGAAGGAAGGAAAACUGUGAGGGGAUCAGCCAGGGGGUGGGUGGGGCAUAGGAGCAGCAGCCCCUAUUCAACACGUAAACAUGUAUCUGAACUUAACAUUCUUUCAAAAGAUGCAUUUCCAAACACCUCUUGUCUCAAAAUACAUAUUUCUAAAUGUUUCCCCCUUCAAAAGACCAAUUCCUAAACACAUUUGGACACGUAUUUUGAGGCAAGAACUGUGCUGGAACAUUUGGGAAGUGUGAAAGACGUCAGCUAACUAAGUUCAGAUCCACACAUAGGCCUGGGAGGCACCGAUCAGGUGAGCUCAUAUCAGAAAUAACAGAAACAGAAGCAUGCCAAGCCCCACCUCCUGCACUUGAUUGGCUGCUCCUUACAGCAAGGGGGGGGGACAUUUUGGGUACGACACCGUCUCAUCUGUCUUCUUUCAGUAAACAUUACUGGGGAGACAUGGGAAGGAGACAGUGCUGUUCUCCGCAGUAGUCAUCCAUCCCUCAUGACUAGUAAUGUUUGCCCCAAAGGGCAAUCAGCUCUACAUGGAACAGCACAUUGUACUGCAGCUAAGGCCAUGUAGAGAUUGUAGUUUUUGAGGGCAUUCUGUUGUUGAUGUUUUCAGUAAAAAUGAUCACCCACCCUCUUACCCCCACUAUGGUCUCAGAUCAAGUAGAUUAAAAAAAAAAAAAAUUAUUAAGGAUUUUCUUGUUUUACAGAAGUAAGUGUAAUGCCUCAUAUAUUUUUUUUCCAUGUAACAUUUUUAGAAAUCCGUUUCAUUUGUUGAGGCAUUAGGGGGAGAAAGAAAAAAAGGAAAAAAGAAAGGGGGGGUGGAGAGAGGGAAGAUGGAUGGGGGUGGGGUCGGGUGGCGGUGUUUCUAUUAUGUUUAAUGUAUGUAGAGUUUGGUGUCAGCGUUGCUUGUGUUGUUCACUUGUGUUCCUUUGGUGGUGAGAGAGGUUGGGGUUGGCCUAGGGUGUGAUUGUUUGCUUGUGAUUGGCUGUGGUGAUCUUUGUUUUCGUGUGUGGAUCAAGUAGAUUUUUGAGACAUUGCAACAGUAGCAGCAGCAGCAGCAACAACCCGAUAGCAUCUAUUUGACCAGAGACAACAGUGGGUGAGAGAUAUUUACACUCUGGCUAACAAGUGGUUCUUAUCAUACCACUGCCUAAUUGCUAAAGAGCUACUGCCUGCAUGGGACUUCUGAUGCCAACUCUUGCAUCUUAUCCCUCGGGUAGUCAACCUAGUGCCCUCCAGAUGUCCUCAGACUUCAGCUCCCAUUAGCCCCAACCAGCAGGGUGAAUGAUCAGGGAUUAUGGAAGUUGUAGUCCAAAUAAAUUUUGAGGACACCACUUUGGCUGCCUGCAUCUUAUCCUAUCUAUCUUAAAAGCAGGUUUAAUCCAUAAACUGGGCUCCUUUGGGAGGAAGGGUAGGAUAUAAAUUUAAUAAAUAAAUAUACUUUUCCACAUUCUGUUUUGAAUGUGUCCGAUGGUGCUUCCACAUGGCAGUCUAUUGUGAUCUCAGUGCUACACAUGCAUGCAAGCUUUGCACGGUGCCCACACAAUGCUGAUAUUGGGUGUUGUUGUUGUUGUUGUUGUUGUUAUUUUGAACAACAUAAAAGGAAAAAAGGUAUACUAUAUCAUAUGGGAUGGCGUUUUGAUGUCAUGUGGUCACUGCCCAAAACUUGGUCGACACGAACAUCACUGAGUCUGCAGUAAACUCUCCCGUAACAAUGCCAUUUGUGCCUCUUGCUAGCUGCUUCCUACUAAGCAAUUAUACAGACACAGUUGUAUCCAACGAAGUCAUUUCAUGAGCAGAAUGGCUCCCGCAAACACAAUGGGAUUUCCCUUCCCUCUCCUCCCUCUUCACACCCCUGCCACUGCCUGCAAGCCUACUCUGGAGAUUGGGAGAGGGACCUGGAGCAGGUUUGGGAGGAGGGCACAAUGCAGUGGGGGGAAGGAAGCCCCUCUGCAAUCUAGAAACAUCCAGGUCUUGCCUGGAAAUCUGAGGUUUUGUCUCUUUCCGGUGAAGCCAUGCCUAAACCACACGUGCCAUUUGGCAAAUGUAUAUGUGGCAACCAGGCCAGGUUGGAUUGUCUCUAUGUUCAUGGAGCCUGGGCUGGGAGACAAGAUCUUUCAACUUAGAUUGGCCUCUUCACCUAGAGAAUGUAUAACUCCAAGAAAACUGACUACAGUGAUACUCCCAAGAUUUGAGGAUCCCUCGACUCCCUGCACCUCCUGGUUGCGUUUAAUGAGCCACUGGCAGAUCUUGAGUCAGGAUGAAUCUAGCGCAGAAACUCUUCUCAGGUUAAAUUCCUCUGUCCUGCCAGACAGAGGCCGUUCCUUUUUUAAAAAAUAAAUAAAUAAAUCCUCUCUCUCUCUCUCUCUCUCUCUCUCUCUCUCUUUCUUCCAGGGGCCCCAGUACUCUUCAUUGUGCCAUGGGUAGUGGUGAAAUUUCUUUAUGAAAAUAUUCAGUAAGUUCCAGGACAAUGUGUGUCUCUGCUGUGCAGACUGCUUGUAGGUUAUCUGCAAUGCUUCUGUCAUUGCCAGGCAACUUAACAGGUGACAUUCCUAUGAGGGCUAUGGGUGUGAGCAGGCCACAUUGUACUAAGUGUGAGCAGUGGGGGUGGGAGGUGCUGCAAGGAAGAGGACAGUGUGCCAGGUCACACUUGUUGCACACGAUCCAUGGUUUCUUUCUUUCUUUCUUUCCUGAGAUGCUGGAGUACCAAUCAUAACAUGGGGUUCUGGUGGAUCCUGCGUUUCCCUGUGUUCCUGGCCAUCUUGGUGAGUUCUCUUUAUUCCUCGCUUGUCUCAGAUGCCCACUGAACCGCCCACAAUGGCUGCCCUUGUCUAGCAAAAUGCAGAGAGGGAACAAUCAUUUUCCUGCCUCCAGCCUUCUUAUUUGGUGUUCCUGAAAAAUGAGUAGGGCAACCUCCAAGUAAUAAAAUGUCUAAGGGCCACAAUGUGAUGCACCUUGUCAGGCCAGGGGUAGGUUGUGAACCAAUUUUGGCCUGAAAACCACAUUAGCCACGUUGGGGGUAUGCACACAGAGGCACACAGCCCACUUCCUUAACUGAUGGAUGCAGAUCAGCUGAGGGAAUUAUCAACCGCCUCACCGUCCAUAAAAUGAUGAAGUUAAUGCCAGGGGAGAGGGCACACAGCAUCACCAUCAAGGUGCUGAGCAGGACAAAGAGGCUUAAACCAGCACUGUGUCAACUAAUUAACUGCUGUUUUUUGUGCUGUCAAAAUACUGCUGGGGUGGGGUGAGAAAACAUUUCUUUGGGGACCCAAUUUAGCCUCCAAGCCUAAGAUAAGCCACCCCUGUUGUCCAUGUUACCAACAACAAUAAUUUAGUAUGUAUAUUAUAGACAGCACUUUCCCUAAGUGCUCAAAUCACAAAAUGUUAUUAGCAAGCAUAUGUACCAGUGAUCCAGUAACUGUUCUGCAAACGUCUAAUCCUAUAGCCCCAGUGAUGCAUAGACAUGGUCACAGCCUGGAUGGGGCACUUUGGGGAGACCUGUGCAAGCCACUGAGAGCUUAUGAUGGGUCCAGAAUUAAUAACAGUAGUAAUCGUGGCUAAAAUUAGACCCUUAUUUGCUAUGCGUGUCUUUUGACUCUCCUGCAGUCCUGCCUCUUCUUCCCACUCAGACACACUCUCUCACUUUCAGAUCAACUUCUUCAUUUUCAUCCGUAUCAUUCAGAUAUUGGUCUCUAAGCUCCGUGCCCACCAGAUGCGCUACACAGACUACAAAUUCCGGUACUGGCUCCUGCUCCCACCCUUCCCUGCUCUACAGUGCCAUAGCUUUUCCCGGAAUGGGAAGGUUCUAUUAUCAUCCUGUUUACGCCAUCAUUGCCCAUGGCAUCACAGCCUUUGUAGGUUAGGGGUAUCCCUUCCACACGUCCAUGGGUUUGGGGGAUGGGUACACUGACUUUUUAAAGUGGCCUUCGAUACGAGUCUAGCAGGUUUCUUUUCUUGUCAUUCAUAAGCCCAUUCGUUCCUCCACCAGGUAGGUGGUUCAUACGGGGUUCGGGCUGAAUACUGUGGGAUGCUGCUGCCUUUUGCUUGUGAUGCAUUCUAAUUAGCUGAUGCCCCAUUUAGGCUGGCCAAGUCAACACUGACGCUCAUCCCGUUGCUGGGAAUCCACGAGGUGGUUUUCGCCUUUGUCACGGAUGAGCAUGCCGAGGGCACGCUGCGCUACGUCAAGCUCUUCUUUGACCUCUUCCUCAGCUCCUUCCAGGUGAGGCACACCAGAAGCCCAUUCUUUGCUCAGGCCCAUUCAAAAACUAUAGAGAGACAAGCCUUUCUGGUUGCAAUUAUUAUUUAAUGUACGUUUCUGUGUAUAAGACUAGGUUUUUUUCCUAUAAAAAUUAUGCUAAAAAGUGGGAGUUUCUUAUACAUGGAUAGUGCAUAGGGCAGACGUUUGAUUAGCUGCUGCCGUGUCUGUCCACAGCUGUUGGAUGUGUUAUUGGUUGCUGUGUCAAUGGCUGGUGUUGAUUGGCUGAAGCUGGGGCAAUAGGACAGGCGAUAGGCAACUUCUGCCAGUGAGGGGACAGAUGAGCUCAACAACCCUGUGCAAUCCCCCCCAAAGCGCAAUCCUCCCCCCAAAAAGCUCAAGAUGUCUGAGCCAUCUCCCCCCAUCUUCUUAAAUUUGAGUCCCCCAAAAUAGGGGGCGUCAUACAUGGAAAAAUACAGUAAAUGGCAUUAUUCUGAUUGACUUCUCUGCCUCUUUAGGGAAUGCUGGUGGCCAUUCUUUACUGCUUUGUGAAUAAGGAGGUAAGUGUGCUCUAAACUGGGGUGGGGGUGUGGUGGAGGAGGGAGAUACAGGACAUGCAAGCUGCUGCACAGGUAGGAAUGUAUGGCAGCAAGGAUGAUUUCCACCUGUAUUAUCUGAGUGGUAUUGGAGGCACAGCUGGAGCAAGAUGCAAUGUCUUUUGAAAUACUGUCAGAGAUGAGUGACCCACCCAGCUUAAUUCAAGUGGUAAGAAGGCAGAUGCAGUCAAAGCUCCUCAUCCGUGUGUGUCUGUCGCCCAUGUAACUGGAACUGUGUAAGCAGAACACAACCAGGGCGGAGCUGUUGUUACAAGUACAACGGAAUCUGCAAGUGUUGUUGGUUGUGUUUGCUUCUUUCUGUACCCAUUUCUGUUGCAACCAACCAGCUGCACAUGGUUUCAGAAAGGGGCAUGUGCAAUUUUCAGUGGACAGAGCAGUAAGAGAGGUGGUGCUUAGCCCUUUCUCUGUCUGAUGCUUUUCCACCGCAUCCUCCCAUCUCCAAUAUGUCAGAUCUUCUCGGCAAAAGUCUAGUCUGCACUGCUAAUUUUGGAAUUUGAGGGUGUCAUGUGCAGGGGGAGAUGUGGUAAAAAUGGCAGUGGGAAACAUUUUAGGCACCCUUCUCCUUGAAAAAUUUUCCCUUCUGAGGUUGCUUUUCACUACAUGAAGCACACAUGUUCAAAUACACGUUUGUAUGUAACUUGCAGUUGUGAGCCCUUAAACUGGCUGUAUUUCUCAUAUGCAUGAGAUUAAUACAGAGUUUAUUUAUAAAGGUUUAUAAUCCUGCCAUUUGUGGCAAAGCAGCCUACAGCGGAUAAUAAUAUUUAAAAAUACAACCUCAAACCAGUAAAUAACACAUCCUCCCCGCAAAUGUUUCUAUCUCCAUAGGUGCAGUCAGAGCUCAUGAAGAAAUGGACGCGCUGGAAGCUUGGCUGGGACAUAGAAGAGGAAUACAAGCACACGUACAGCCACACACCCCAUGUCCGCAACGGGGGUACCAGGACCGGCGAGAAGCACAAGCUGGUUGGCAACUACCUCAAUGGGCUGGGCCGCAGCCAAGCCACCAUGCACACCAGCACUCAGUACCUGGAAAGGACAGCAUGCAGUGCCAGUGAAAACUUGGCAGUGGCCGAGCAGCCCCAUUGCUACGAGUUCCCUGACACAGCCGAGAGCAACCUCUGA